AUGAACAGCCCCAUCAGCGCCAGCAGCAACCUGAACGCGGACUCCUCCUCGGCGCCCGCCAAGGCGAUCAACGCGGUCAUCAUCCCCAUGACCAUGGAGGUCCCCUGCGACAGCGGGCAGCGCAUGUGGUGGGCCUUCCUGGCCUCGUCCAUGGUCACCUUUUUCGGGGGACUCUUUAUUAUCCUGCUCUGGAGGACCCUCAAGUACCUGUGGACCGUCUGCUGCCACUGUGGGGGCAAGGAGAAGGUAACGUUUCUCUUCCCGGGUUCUCCCGCUUGAGGGCCGCUUCACACGUUGCCUAGCGCGGGGCUGGAAGCUGAGGUCGUGCAAAGCGCGCACAUUCGUGUGUCUUGCAGUUGUCUUCUCCAGGGAGCUGCGAAUGGCCGUGGAGUGGGGGGAAGGUGAGGGUUUACACCUGCAGAAUGUGUGAAGCGGCCCUUCUAUCCCUGGUGUUAUUUGCAACUCAUUUCAGGGAAACUUACAAAUAAACUGUAUGUUAAGAUUGCAACCGUGCAGCUGGAGCCGUUGUGUGUUGACAGGGAAAUGGGUCCCAGUGAGUUCAGAGGCUUCAUUCUUGAGGGCAUCUGCUUAGGAGAGCAAGUGCUUUUGAAUGUCACAUGCAGCUCAGUCCUUGGGAACUGCAGCCUUAGUCCCAAGUAAACUGCAAGGGAUGGGAAGAUUCAUUUUCUUUCCUUCACUUCUUUUAGUCCUUUCUGAUUUACUGUUACCUUUCUCCAUGUUUUCCCCAUGCCCCUUUGUUUACUAUUCUCUUCAUUUCCCCCUUCCAUUUUCCCUUUCUUCCUCUUCUGAUACUGUUUUCCAUAUAUUGAGUUUUAGCGUUAAUAGAAGUCAUAGUAACAUCAAAGGUUUAUUGUUACUCUAACACAAUGACAGUAAUUCAACCUCCUGCCUUCUAACCAUCAUCAGUUCAGCAAGAGUUGUUUGUUGUGUGUUUGCUGCCCCAGGUUGACUCCUGCUGCUUUGGUACUAGGAGAGCAGUGGGCCUUUGUUGUUGUUGCUGCAUGAAAAGUUAAAGAAAUCCUCAAAAGGCAAUAGCCUCAGAUUCUGGAUAAAAUUGUGUCGGCCAGCAGUUCAGUAGUGGUCAUGGGUGAGCUGAGGUUCAAAGCUUGAGACUUCUUUUGUCUGAAGUGGACAGGGAGUCUUCAGAACAGUGGUGGUGGUUCCUCUUUUCCUUGUUGAAUGAUGACUUCAGCUACUCCUCCCCACCUCACACAAACAGGCUGAGAAGGAAACAUACCUUGGCAGUAAUAAACUUGCUACCCAAUUUGCUCUAUUAUUGCUGCCAGGUCUCUCUUGCACUCCGAUGGGUUUGACUUUCUAACGGCAAGUACUGUCGAUUUUGCUAUGUCCAAAUCACAUUUUGUUUGGUUUAGCCAUAGGUGGUAACAAAUCAAUGGAUAAACUAGCUAACAACAUGGAUUCGGUGGCCCCCAAAGUUACAAAUGGUAACUCAGAAUAUGUAUAAUCCAAUUCAAGAGUUUUACUGCCCAUUCAUGUUAGAUCUAAUGACAGUGAAUGCGUUUUGGUGAGGAAAGGGGGAAUUCGGGAUUUGCCAUUUGCAAUACUUGCCACAAGUGAUGGCAGACUGUGAAAAUAGAUGUAAAGAAAACACAAAGAAGACAUUUAAAUGGGUGAAUAUUCCUGAAACAAUCACACACUGCCCACCCCUUCUCGUUCACCCCUGUUUCUUCCCAUUUAAUCAAAAUCUUGCUCCCUGUAAGGUCAGAAUUCAAAUUGAGCCACUCUGUAUGGCUCUUUCCCGCCUUCUUUGUAAGCAGAAUCCAUGUGGAAUUGUCAUCUGCCAUGGAGGGAGAAUCCCAUAAGCACUGUAGAGGCAGAAACAUUAUAGCUUGCCAGAAGUAUUGUUGUGGAAGAGACCUGGCCACAUUGCCCCCCUUAAGGUGACUGCUGAAAACUGUCAAGUAAAAUAACUGAGCAAUAGGUGGUGGGAGGAAACAGGUCUGAAUCUACACACAAAUGUCGAUGGAGCCAGGAUUUUGAGUAUCUCACCCUCUCUGAAAUCCAUGGGAUCCUUGCCCAUUGCAUUCCAUUAACUCAAGACAUUUGGGAUUUCGGCUGUCCGAAAACACAUUUUGGGCAGAAUCCUGUGAGGAGUUACUCCCAUGCAAGCUCCAUGAAAGAAGCAGAGAGCUACAGAGGAGCACACCACUGGGGUUUCUUUUGCUGGUGCUUGUGCAGGAAGGCUUCCCACAGGAUUGUGCUGAUUGAUUUCAGUGGGCCGAAUAUUUUGUGGUCUCUCCAGUUACUUUGGGUGCAAGCCCCCCAUUGAUUUCAAUGGAAUUUACUUCUGCAUUUGUGUGUUAUGCUCCCAUACUUGGGCUACAGCCGACCUAGGAUUGGUCUUGGAAAUAUUGUCCCUGAUCCAGAGCAAGCUUCUCACUCCUGAGACCCACUGAAAUGGCAGCUCACAACUAACUUGUGCUGUUGAUUUCAGUGGGACGGAAGCACAACUAGGACUGCAGUCCUAAACCACACUUAUUAGGGAGCAAGCGCAUGGAACACAGUGAGAAUUACCUUUCUGUAGACUUGCAAAGGAUUGCUAUGUAAAUUUCUCUGGACUGGGUCAGUCAGUGGCUAUCCUGUGCAUAGUUGGGUUACUCCUAUCCCAUUGACUUUGGUAGGAUUUAAGCAGCCUCAUUUUGUUCAGGAUUGUAGCCCUAGUCCCAUGAUGUACAGACACCGCCUCUAGAGCCCUCUGCCCUCCACUUGAGCAAAAGAAGUCCCAUACCACUUAUGCAAAACAAGCCAUACUGAGCCAUGAGCUACACUGAGCAAGUCAGCCAGCCACUGCGUUUUGCUGCCCGACUCCAUCUCCUGCUCACUGGCUGUAGGUCUCUGCUGCUGUGAGACUAGAAGUAAAAAAAUAAGACUGGAAAACCAACACCUGCGGAAAAUCCACACCUCUCACCAAUGUUUCAUGUGUUAUACCAGUGAUGCAGAACCUUUGGCUCUCUGGAUGUUGCUUAACUACAGCUCCCAUCAGCCUCUGCAAGCAUUGCCAAUGGCCGGGGGUGAUUGGAGUUGUAGUUCAGCAACAUGUGGAGGGCCAAAGGUUCUCCAUCAAAUCUGGCAAAUGAUGGAACAUGGUAUAAGCAAAAUUUCUUGGUUCGUGCUGCUUCUGUUCCCCAUACACCUGAGGGCGAUGGGGGCGACCACUGCUGAAAGGUGAAAAAAUAGCAAAGUUGUCUCAAGGCAGCUCAUUUUUCAUAUAUAUUUGUGUGAACCUGUUGACUUGGCUAAUCGUUAUCCUUCUGCAUUGGAGACACCCUCUUGGUUGUCCCUCCCUGGGCCCAUUUGCACAUGCAUGCCAUUGCCAGAUGUGCAGCUCGGCAUGUGAAUGGACUCAGUUGCAUUUGAGAUGUGAAACGUCUCCUUUCUCAUCAAGUGAUGAGCAGAUAUGUGUGAAUCAGCCCAGUGAAUGUGAGCAGUGCCAACCCUGCCAUCUCCCUUCCGCCUCAACCUUUAGAGGCCCACUAAAACCUGGAGCAUGUCAGCUUUAACAAAAAAAUCCAUCAAGAAAAAGCUCAAAAGGGACGUCUCAGGGAAGCAAAGUGUUGCCUCUUCACUGCCAGCUUCCUGUAAAGGGAUGACUUGACUCUUGCUAAGGACUUUAACAUCAUGCCAACUUUUUAUUUCUCACCCCCCUCCCACUCCCCCUUUGCUUAAUACAUAGCCUGAUGAAGAGUUCUGGAGAACUCAAAUCCUUGAUUGUUAUUUUGUGAUGGUUGGGUAGGUCCUAAUAAAUAUAUUUCCCCACUGUGGAUUUGAGAUUCUUGUCAAGGCAAACAGUGAAGCCAACAGCCAUUUCCUGCUCAGUGGGAUUACUCCAAACGAUGUGUAAUGUGGCUUAUAGCUGCCUUGUUAGGAUUUCCCCUUCCAGUUUUAUGUAUAGCUACCCAGAAGGUAAAAUAUGCUUCAAAUGCCAUCCCAUUUUGAAGGUUAGGAAACAGAGUAUAAUGAGGAUCCCCACCCACCCACCCCAGUCCUUGUAAGAAUGCUUUUUAGCUAAACCAGUGUUAAUGCUCUAUAUUUGCUAACGUGGCAUCUGACAGGCUAUUUGGACCCUCCAAAAUAGACCAGCAGCUGGAGUUUCUCCCUUCCCCUUUUCACAUUUUUCGGAUUACGAAUGGAAGAAUAGAUCUGCUUCAGCUAUUCCUGGCACCCAGCUACACAAAAAGCACCCAAACCUUUUAAAUAUAUAUGGUUGCUAGGUUGCUGUCAUGAUUUGACAUUCAGCUAUCGGCUUCCCCUGCUUCCCCCAAGAUAUGGCAUAACCUGGCUGUGCAAACGUGGAUUCAUUUUUAUUUUUAAUUUGAAAGUGGUGAUGAAGUAGGGAUGCAUGUGUGUCUGUGUGAUGACAGAAAUAACGCUGCUAUGCUGAGAAUUAUGAAUGCAACCUUGAGAAAGUUAAAUCCCAUCAAAAUAGGUGGGGACUCAAAUAUGCUUUAUACACGGCAUCUUGUGCAAUUACUUACUAAUUUCUGAGGUGUUGUUUUGGGUGGGAGGGUGUAGUUAAGUCGUAGAAUGCUCAGAGUUUCCUAAAAGUGCCUAUGAUCUUCCAGCCGAUGAAUUGCCAUCAUUUCAAACUGGUUUUACUCUGGAAAGGAUGCUAUCAUAUGCUAUGGGGUAAUUUGAAGCUUUAAAAAUCAUUUUGACUUGCUAAGUAAAUAACAGCAAUAGCCUUUUCCUGCUGAAGAGAUUCUUUUUGUUAUGGGGAAAUGGAAAUGUGAGUUUUUGGAAAGGAAGAUUUGUUGGGGCUGUAACACUCGUCUCUAUUUAUAUGAUGACAAAUGUAUAUUUUUGAAGAGAACUGGCUCCUCAGAAAGGAAAGCCAAAUAGCUAGAUAGGUCUGAAGGAGUUUCCUAUCUUUCUCUCUCUAUGUUUAAAGGUAAAGGUAAAGGGAUUGCGGUGCUCAUCUCGCUUUAUUGGCCGAGGGAGCCGGCGUACAGCUUCCGGGUGAUGUGGCCGGCAUGACUAAGCCGCUUCUGGCAAACCAGAGCAGCGCAUGGAAACGCCAUUUACCUUCCCACCACAGCGGUACCUAUUUAUCUACUUGCACUUUGACGUGCUUUCGAACUGCUAGGUUGGCAGGAGCAGGGACUGAGCAACGGGAGGUCACUCUGUCGCGGGGAUUCGAACCGCCAGCCUUCUGAUCGGCAAGCCCUAGGCUCUGUGGUUUAACUCACCGUGCGACCCGUGUCCCUCUCUCUAUGUUUAUAUAUAUUAAUAAAUAUAUUCAAGUGCUUUCCUUUGUUUGUUGCAAGAAACAUAUUUAAGGAAGUCCAGAAGUCAACAAAUACCCAGAAAUUGUUCGGAGAUGAUUACCAGCACUACCUACCGUAUAUUUCCUUUGAGCACCUGAUCCCAAAGUUACAGAACUGAACCAAGUACCUAUAGUUCUUCUGUUGGUUGCCAGGUCAUCCUCGUGGACUCGGUUGUAGGAACAAGUUCCCACCCUUUGAAUGUCCAGCAGUAUUAACAAUUUCUACAGCCAGAGUGGGCUCUUAGUUAUAUGCCCCACUUGCCAAGGCAGUUAACCCUGCAGCAUCUCUCAAAGAGUCGCUGAUAAAUCUGGAGAGUCACACAUCUCCACUUUAUCUCAUUCACCGUCAGUAGUACAGGGUGGCUGAAUUGUGCUUUACUGUGCUGUGCUUAAAGUCCAAGAGAAACUGCAGAGAUGGCAGUCCUCCUGGCAUGCUGCCCUCCCUAAGCCCCUGAGCAAGCUAAUAGCUGACACUUCAUAAACUGUCUUUGAAAAGAAGCCUUCUCAUUCAAAACUGAAAGCACAUAUUGCACAGUCGAACAUUAUUUUUGAACAUGCCAUAUAUUGUUGAUGUUUCCUGGCCAGGUUGUAUAUUGUGUAGGUUUUCUUACUGCCUUUCUCUAGCUAACAUUAUUGACAUUGAAAGGCCUAUGUGUCCUUCUGGUCUGUUGUUUUAAAUAUACAUUUCAUAUCAUUAAAAUGUGUCCCUUGGUUGAGUAAUUGUACACAUUUACAAAAUACAUGGCCGUUGGGCUGUCUUCAUUUCACCAAAACUUGAUUUGUUUUCUUUUUCUUCUAACUCUCCUUCGUCACUGUUCAGCCAUAUGAGCUUCAGACCAGUAUUGGUUGGAGAAUGCCUAGUAUGGUUUCAUGCAUUCAGUUUCCUCUCUUGUGAGAGCUCUUUUCUCUAAUUUUCUGAAUGCUCCAUCUUCUCAGUAUGUUAGAAAGCCCCAACCAGGCCCUUCAACAUUAGGCAAAUUGAGGCAUGCACCUCUGGCAGUGUUUUGGGGUGUCAUUAAAAAUCAGGAAAUUAUGUUAUUUCAUUUAUUGUUGUUGUAUUUUUUUGGCCAUUAAAGGGGCUACACAAAUACCCGCUUAUUUGAUUUUCUGCCUUGUUACUGCCCAAAUAACUUGUUUAGCUGUGCAUACUUUGCACCUUAAGGUUUCUGAUGCCAUGGUAUAAUGGAAAGGGAAGAAAGGGAGAAUGGGUAAGGUUUAUUUCCAACAGGGGAUGGAACAAAGCAAAAACUUUCACUAUAUUUAGGAACAGUCGGCCCUCCAAUGUGCGAAAGGAAAUACAAAGUCGCUGAAACAAAAAAUAAAAAUAAAUAAGAUUGCUCACUCCUGGGUGACACCCCUUGCUUUCAAUCCCACACAUCUUAGUUAUGUGAGGGUUGGUUUCUGCCGUGUAGAGAAAUGAUUUUAUGCCUGGGAGCAAACAAAUUCAGAUCUGUGAGUGUCUGUCUGGCAGAGGGCAGAGGAAAGCAAGUGGGAGAUUUUCAAAGACACCCGGAUUUUCUAAACAGAGUUGUACUUUUAAGGGUAUAUGUUGGGGCAGGGAGCAUAUUCUACAAUACAAACCUCUUUAUAAGCUUUAUAUUAAUGUAACUAUCAUGGCUCCCUCCACAGAAUUCCCCCAAUGAUUCCUGGAGAGGUGCUAAUAAUUCCAUGGUGUUGUAGUUGUUGUAGUUGUUGUCAGUAGUUAGUUAGUUAGUUAGUUAGUUAGUUAGUUAGUGUCACCCUUCAUCUUUAGAUCUCAGGGGGGUUCACAGCAUAAAAAAAAACGUAAUAAAAACAGCUCUCAUAAUCCCCAGGCAGUAUGUGCCUAAUGGUCAGGGAUGAUAGAAACUGCAGUCUGAAACAUCUGGAGGGCAGCAGGUGGAGGAAAGCUGACUGGGAUUUAAGGCACUGCUUCCAUACAAGAGGUAGAAGCAGAUCAGCCAAAGAAGACCCACAUUAUCCAUUGCUGAGCUGCACCAUUUCAGAUUGCAAGUGUGUCUGUGGGAAGAUGUCAAAUGCUUGAAUCUCUCCCACAUAAAAUCCUCCUCCUUGCAAAUCAUACAAAUGAACAUACUAGAGAGAAAAAAGAAAGAGAGAGGUUCUGGCCAUUUUCCUGGCAAAGCAUGCUGGUAUUGUAUACAGUGUGGGUUUUUUUUAAUUAUUAAAGGAGGCAUCUUUUUGAACAUAAGGGCCUAGUUCCCAUGACUUUAUUCUCACUGCAUGCUGCAUCAGGAGAUUAGUAAAGGUAAAGGUACCCCUGCCCGUACGGGCCAGUCGUGUCCGACUCUAGGGUUGUGCGCCCAUCUCACUUAAGAGGCCGGGGGCCAGCGCUGUCCGGAGACACUUCUGGGUCACGUGGCCAGCGUGACAAAGCUGCUCUGGCGAGCCAGCACCAGUGCAGCACAUGGAAACGCCGUUUACCUUCGCGCUAUAAAGCGGUACCUAUUUAUCUACUUGCACUUAAGUGUGCUUUCAAACUGCUAGGUGGGCAGGAGCUGGGACCGAAAGAUGGGAGGUCACCCCGCCGCGGGAAUUCGAACCGCCGACCAUACGGGCAAGUCCUAGGCACUGAGGUUUUAUCCACAGCGCCACCCGCGUCCCCCGCAUCAGGAAAUUAGUACUUGAUUAAUCUUCCCCUGUUUGCUUUUACUAAAUGCAGCUAUAGUGAGGGAAAGGAACUGCUAAUUUGACUUCACAUGCAACCUGGAGGCAUUUUAACACUUCCCUCCCUGCACUGCUGUCCCAAUCCCUUACCUCCUCACCCUUUUCUUACAUUUUGCUGGUGGGUAGAAUGCAGUUGCCUGCAUUAUCAUUUCUUCUCAAAUAGCAGCUUGGGGGUAUGUGGUUUAGACUGGCACAAUAGGAUGGGGAAACAGAGUUGAAAAUCCCUAAGCCACUUCCCUGUUCAAAUUAGCAGCCUCUCCUUCCUUGUGGCUGCAUUAAGUUUAAGGAUAGACAGAAGAUAAACCAUUGGUGUGGUAUAACAUGUAGUUUGGUUCUCACUGAGAGGUGAUAAACCUUUGUCUGGAAGUACCACUUCAAACUGCAGGUGGGAGCUCACAUAACUGAGCGUUCCUUCCUACAAAAGCAAAAAAGAAACCCAAAUUUUUCUUGAACAUUUAAAAAACAACAAUUAGUAUGUUGGGGAGGGGGGAAGAAUCUACACAGCCAUUCUAUGUGCAGGGGCCCCCUACCCCUUGUAUAGAGAAGUAUUCAGUUGUUUGAAUCCCUACUUGUAGCUGGGUUAGGGUUAGGGUUAGGGUUAUUCAGCAGAGCCGAGUAAUAUAUAUAUAACUAGUGAUUUCUCUAUUAAAGAUAUGAAUUGAAUUAUUAAUGUCAGUUUUUAAAAGUACAGUAUAACUGUGCAAUUUUAAGAUGUACUGGUUGCUUGUAUGAUCUAGGGAGAAAUAUGUAUUGUGUUUGAUGUUCUUCCCUUAACCUGGGUCCUGGUUUGUAUCUAAAAAUGGGAAAAAAAUAUUGGGGAAUUAGAUGAAUUUUUAUUCAUGGGUUGUUGCUCAUGACAUUGUGAUAUAAAGUGUAUAAAUGCAAGGAAUAGCACAUCAGAUGGCCCAUAAGCAUUCUAAUUGUGAGCUUGGGUGAUCACAUGAUCACCCAGGCUGAAGGCAGCCCUGUUUAGGGAAGCUUUUAAUGUUUAAUAGAUUAUUGUAUUUUAAUAUUCUGUUGAAAGCUGCCCAGAGUGGCUGGGGAAACCCAGCCAGGUGGGCAGGGUAUAAAUAAAUUACUCCUACUCCUACUCCUACUCCUACUCCUACUACUACUACUAUUAUCUGUUUGGAAGCAAAACAGGACUACCCAAAAGUAAGCAAAUGGUUUCUACCUGGGUAUCAUUGGUAUGCAGAAGUACACACACCUGUAAAUUAAAAGAAAAAUAAAUUUUACCCCAAAGGAUUUAUGCACUGGCAGGAUUUACAGAAAACUGAUGGCGGUGGAUCAAAGAGAUAAGAAAACAGUGAUUAACUUGCCUCUACUGUCAUUCCAGAAGCGGCUUAGUCAUGCUGGCCACAUGACCCGGAAGCUGUACGCCGGCUCCCUUGGCCAGUAAAGCGAGAUGAGCGCCGCAACCCCAGAGUCGCUCCCUUUACCCUUUACCUUUACCGUCAUGCCACAACUUCCUCUUACUGUGUAGUAAUCAAAUGCUCAGGUUCACAACUAGUUGUCAGCCCUAAAUCUGAUCCCACUAAUAUAGCCCAGCAGAGGAAAGGCCUCAGGGUGGGAGGAAAAGGGGGAAAGCACCCCCUCACAUUCCAGGCAUGUUGUUGAAGGUCCCAUAAAACACUGCCCGUUUGUACUAUUUAUGUUCAUUCUGCACUGUGGAGUUGGACGUUUCGGCAUUGGAAGGAAACGUCCGUGGUUACUGGUUGAUUCCAUAAUCGUCUGAAUUUCUUGUGAUGUUUCCAGCAGGUCUGUUUGCACUACACCUUCAGAACCCAGGUCAGGGUGACCUGAGGUGCACCUGAUUCUGCUUGUGGCUCAGACCUGCAAUGUCCUGGAGUCUUUCCAGUCUUCUGGAUAAUGUUGGCGGCAUCUGGAGUUGAUCCAACAUUGCCUUGCUUCAACCAGGCUGUGGGCACAAUAAGGUGCUAAAGCCCCACCCUUACCUUAAGUCACUUGAUAGCAGUUAACCAUUGAAAUGGCAUGGGCACAGUUUGCCCUUAUGUAGUAAAGCCCAAUACCUUGGCUUGAGGAUUGCUUAUUUACUUAUAUCGCAGACCCUCCAAGUGUCCCUGUUUUCCAGGGACAGUUCCUGAGUUACAGAAGAUGUCUCGGUUUAUGGUUUGAACUUGGAAUGUCCUGCAUUUCCUUAGGACGUCGUCCCUAUUUUCAUUGGAGAAAUGAUGGAGGGUAUGGAGUUAUCCAACCUGCCAUCCGUAUAGAGGGAUUUGUUUUCAUAGUUAAUGUUUUAUUAUGGUUUUAUAUAUGUUGCAAGCCGCCCAGAGUGACUGGGACAACCCAGUCAGAUGGGCAGGGUAUAAUAAUAAUUAUAAUAAUUAUAAUUAUUUGAAUAGGACAUCCUUAUUUUCACAGGAGAAAUGUUGGACAGCAUGAUAUCGGGGUUGGGGGACAUGUGGCCCUCCAAAUGUGGCUAAACUACAACUCCCAUCAUAGUGAGCAUUGACUGGGGAUGCAGCUGAUUGGAACUAGAAUCCAGCUACAUUUUGUGAAGGGAGGAAAAACUUUGGCUGUGUGGUAAUCUUGUGGUGUUGCUGGAUGCAUGUUAGAAGAGUGCUUAUCUGUGGCCCUCGUGAUAUUAUUGGACUACAACUCCCAUCAUCACGGGCAAUUUGCCAUUGUGGUUGGGCCUGAUGAGAGUUUGAGUCCAACAAUAUCUGGAGGCUGGUCCAUUAGGGCGAAUGGGGCACUACCCCACCAGCUUCAGUCAGUCUCCACCUGCCUGUCUUCUUAAAACCAGUUGGGGUCUGGGGUGGCACUGGUUGUCAGCUUCUUCCCCCUCAGUCUCUGUGUUGCCCCUUGCAGAACUCAGCAGGGAAGAGGAUGUCUCUGUCAUUGGCUCUAGUGCCCUCUGCAAUUGGGCACCCUGCUUUCUAGUCUUAAUGGGCAACAGCCACCCCUGUUUGGAGGGCCCCAGAUUCCCCAUCCCUGGCUCAUCACUUCUUCCUUUUCUGUCAGCACAGGCUAAAUGGUACUACAGCUGAAUCAAACAGCAAAGCAGGUGAGGAUUGUGCAUGCCAGUGCCCCUCUUGAAUUUGGUGUGAUGUGGCAACAUGAGAAUGGGCCUUUUCUGUGGUGGCUCCCUGACCAUGGAAUGCUCUUCCCAGGGAGGCUCACCAGGCGCCAUCAUUACAUAUCUUUGGGCACCAGGCAAGAACUUUGCUCUUUACCCAGGCCUUUGGCCAUUAUAUAACAUAGGGCCUGUUAAAGGUAAGGGGGGCAGAUAUUAUGAUUAUUUUAUUAUUACGCUGCCUAUUACUAUGCUUUGUAUAAUUUUUUUUAUGCUCUGUAAAAUGUUUUUAAUGUUGUAUAUCACCCUGGGAUCUUUUGAUAAAGGGUAAUAUAUAAAUUUUGUAAUAAUAAUAGAAGACAGUUUAUUAAAUCAUUUAUUAUAUUUAUGUAUUUAACACAUGACCUUUUUUUUAAAAAAAAGAAAUGUAUCAAGGGUUCUUUAUUGACGUAUCAGAUUUUAUGCUAUGCCAGCCUUGUGAAUUGUGGAAGACCACCUGUAUUGCUAUCCAAAGUAGAACAGAGAGUCUCUCCACUAUGAAUGUUGGAAGGUGGCCAGCAAGCUUGCAGCUAGACAUUUUGGGGCACUUUGGGGAGAUCCCUUGUCAGUCAAUGUGAAGCAGCAAAAACCUAAAUUGGAUACAUUUACAGUCUUUCAGAGUGCAAACCGAUCUCAAAAGUAAGUCUCAUGGAAGGCUCGGUAUAGGAUUGCAGCUUAAAUGUAUCGAUAGAACCUGAGUUAGAUUUCAAGUACCAGGUGUCAAAACGCAUGCUCAGGUGCCCUAGGGUGACUGAUCACUGGCUGGGCACCCAUUUUCUCCUCCUGUUUCUCCCCUUCCUUUACCUGGGGCAAAUUCAUUGUUUCCAACGGACUCACAGUGCACUAAUGUUGACCUAGCUCCAGAUUUCACCAUCCCCUAGUCAUAUUUUGUUGCUGCUGAAGUUAAGGAAGAAAGGAAAACUAACACAGAAGAAGGGUAAAGACAAAGUUUAUUUAACCAAGAGAGAUAAUCGUAGAGUUGGAAGGCCUGAGGGUCUUCUAGUCCUCCAUUUCAGGAAUAUCAACUAGAUUAUACAUGACAGAUGGCCAUCCAACCUCUGCUUAAAAACUUCCAGGGAAGAAGCAUCUACCUCUUGUGAGACUGAUCGAACAGAUAUUACUGUCAGAAAGUUUGUCCUGAUGUUUAGUCAGAAUCUCAGUUCUUGUAACUUGAAACCAUUGGUUUGGGUCCUGGUCUCUGGAGCAGGACAAAACAAGCUUGUUCCAUCCUCCAUAUGACAGCCCUUUAGAUAGGAUAUGUUGUCAUCGGUGAGAGAGAGAGAGAGGCAGAACUAUCAAGAGAGCCACCUCUGCAGAUCUUAACACCUGAGAGAGUCUGUUGGACGGAAACAAUAUUUCAGAUAUUGGGGACCUAAGUUGGAUAUGGAAGGAUGAUGGGCUUUUAUGAAAAUAAGUUCAGUCAAUGAAGGGUUAAUUUUAUUCAGGCCCAGGACAAGCUCCUAGAAUCGAAGAGUUGGAAGGGACCCUGAGGUCAUCUAGUCAAAUUACCUGCAAUACAAGUAUCUUUUGCUCCAUGUGAGGCUCGAACCCACGACCCUGAGAUCUACUGACUGAGCUGCUUUGUUGACUGAUCUCUACUGACUGAGCUGGUCGUUCCUUGCAACUUCCCCUCUCCCGCCCCUUGAAAGGCAUUUGGGUGUCUGCAUAUUUUCUCUUAUAUCACACUUUCAUUUGGAGAGAGAGGAAGAGAGAGACAUGAAAAUUUAGGAAGGCAGCCUAGUAUAUUUCUAUUUUCUCACUGGCUUUGACUCUGGAGACCAGCAGUACCCUUAAAUGCAUGACGCUUAAUAUAGAAUCUCUCCAAGUGCCAGUGGGCAUCAUGCACAUUUGCCCAAACCCAACUCUGAACCACAUGGCAGCUGUUUCUGUGAAAACAGAUGUUUUGGGGAGUCGUCUUGACCCGCCUUUGAUUCAAAUUACAGAUGGUCUUAGGCUGGAAUAACCAAAACAUGAAAUGAAUAACCUUCUACGUUGGUUCUCAAGUGAACUAGCCUACUUAUUUUGGUUAAAGCUUUCAAGAAAGCGCCAGGGUAUUUUAAACAUUUUAAAAAUAGGUUUCUUAGGGGGUCCAUGGCUCACUGGCAGAAUACACUUUCUGCAAGCAGGAGGUCACUGGUUCAACUCUUGGCAUCUUCAGUGAAAGGACUGUAAGUUGUAGGAGCAGUAGAAAGGAUUGUCACUAAAAUGCUUCCAAAAAACAAACCAAACCAAACCAAACCAAACCAAACCAAAACAAAACACCAAACCUCAAGCAAACAUCUAGCAUAACAAAGAGAGCACUAGAAAUCUCAGUCCUUUGCCAUCUCAGGAACUGGUCUCUAGAGCCCCUAUGCAAGACCUGGGCUGGAACUGUUCCAGCCCUUUGUGAACUGGAAUAUAUGUAAAACAUAGACGUGACUCAAACACCACAAUGACCUUUGCCUUAGACUUUGAGUAAUUGUUGCUGAACGUUGGAGUACAUAAGAGUAGACUACAUGUUCCAAUGUUCUGACUGUAAAUUGUAGCUUAAUAUAGCUUGAAUGCACCAGUAUGCCAUCAUGAGCACAAAUAUGCAUACUUUCACAAUACAUCGGAUGUCUGGUGCCCACAAUACCUGGGGAUUGUUGUUAUUGUUUGACAGAUGCACAUUUCAGAAUGGUUACCUGGGCUAAUUCAUACAUGAACAUUGCUCCAUGUUUCAUUUGUUGAUGAUUCAUAUUGAGAACUGCUUUCAUUGGAAGGAAAAGUAUUGUGCUUUAUAUAAUGAGCUGAUAUGAUGAGAUCUUUUGUCUGAGGUGUUGUGAUAGGGGGUGAAUGUUUUCAGCUGCCUCAUCCGAUAUUUGGUGUUGUAUCCAUCAAUCAACCAAGCCUUCACAUAUUCAUUUACCUCACUAAGCUUGCCAAAUGUAAACUUUAGCUGGCUGGAUCUUAUAAAUAUAUUAGAAAUACUUUUAAAAUUAUAUUUUUAAAGAAGGUUAGUAUGUACUGUGUGGUCACAAAAUACAUACCGGUAUUUGGUCUAAGAGAACUCUAGCUAUUCACCAAGAAAAGAUGAAAUCUGAACUUUGUGCAGAUUAUUGCAAAUCUACAAAUCUAGCAUGUCUUACUCUGCUGAAGUUAGUCACAGGAAGGAGCUAUGACUUAUGCAGAACAUUAUAACCUUGUCCCCCCUCCCAACUACUGGAAAGUCUCUCUCUGGCUUUUGAGGUUUCACAGAGCAUUGCUCUUAUAUGUUUGCAAUUGUCUUUGAAGUUAAAUGGAGUAGAAUUUUUUUCUCAGCAAGCCUUUCCAUCUAAAAUGACAAGCAGCACUAGAGAACAGAUCUCAGUCUUGGACAGUGGUUUCCGUUCCCAGUCUGGUAGGUAAAAGUAGGGAAAGAGAUCAAUAUAUUCGUCUUCAUGUGGCUGAAAAUGCUGCAAGUGGUGGCUGUCUGCAGGAGGUGAAUGAGAAAAGGCAGAUGUUUCGAUCUGACCCCAGGUGCUGCCUUGGUUGCAUGAAAAGGUUGAGAAAAGUGAGAAAGUGACAGGAUAGAAGGGGAUAAAGAGGGAAGAAAAGACUGGUGGAGCAGGGAUAUGUAUCUAUGGGCAGCUGGGUAUGAGACCGGGCACGUUGAAGGCAAAAACCUAUGACUAGUUCAUACGUAUGUGUACAACACUGGAGUACUCUUCAUUCAGGCCAUCAUCACCUGAUAUUGCAGUCAUCAAGUGAUGAACAUUUGCGAGAGAACCAUCCUACCAAAUAAAGAAGAAAGACUGAGAGGGAAAGAGGCUGCCUAAGUGCUGUGGGUGAUUCAGCCAGAGUGGCGGGUGGGCGGGCUUAGGAUGUGCCCAGUGGAUGCUUUUCCUGAGAUAUGACGGCAUUUGGGCUUGCAAAAUAUUUCACCCACUUACCAAGGCUGGCUUUCCCACUCAAGCCAAGUGCCAAAUGCUCUCUGCUAGGCAAUCAAAUAAUGGAUACAAAUACGCAAAUGUAAUUGUAAUGUUCUCUGAUCUUUCAGUGAGUCAGGUACCAGCCAGCCUGCAAGAGAUGAAGCAACCGUGUUUACACCUCUCACUCCUAUCUGUGACAGUUUACAACCAGCUGCCUCCCUGUUCAUUUAUCUUUUCUCCUGCCUCGCAGGGAAUGUUGCAUCUCCAAUUGCUUAGCCAUUUAAUAGCACACAGAGGAAAAAGAGAAUAUCUAAGUUACACCCGUGAAGCAUGUUGAACGAAACAAAUCCGUUUUAUUCUCCAUACUACUAGUCAAAUUAUGAUGCAGAAAGAUGAUGCAAACUAUCCUAUUUGCUGAAGGAUCACAGAACAUGAGCCUCAUGAAGCCACUGGAGUUUUUGAUUCCUGGAGCACAAUAUCACAACACUAAAUAGGUUUCUUAGGGGCAAGGGGAAGCCAUGUGAAUCUGGGAGGAAAAAGUAAGGAAAGAAAAACAUUGUUGCUCAGUCCAGGUAAAUAUAUACAGCAGUAAAUAUAUAGCAGUAAAUUACAGUGGUACCUCGGGUUACAGACGUUUCAGGUUACAGACUCUGCUAACCCAGAAAUAGUACCUCGGGUUAAGAACUUUGCUUCAAGAUGAGAACAGAAAUCGUGCGGCGGCGGCGGGGCGGCAGCGGCAGGGACGCCCCAUUAGCUAAAGUGGUACCUCAGGUUAAGAACAGUUUCAGGUUAAGAACAGACCUCCAGAAUGAAUUAAGUUCUUAACCCGAGGCACCACUGUAAUGGAAUGCAACUUCCUUACAUUUUUUUGUGUGCUUACGGCUGUGAAGUUAGGCCUGAAAAUGUGUAGGCAAGAUCUGCUAAAAUCUCAGAAGCUCCAGGGGUUGCGGAACAAGGUUUUCAGUGGUUGAAGGCAGGAUUUCAAUGCCCUGUGUAGUGCCUACCUGCUCCCCAUGAUUAGCAGAACCAAAAUUACCAUAAUGGUGGAAUAUAAGAUGUACAUGUACUUAAGUUGCAUAACUUACGCAGGUUACAGAAACUGGCCUUUUGAAGCAUAAGAUUAUUCUUAUUACGUUUAUAUCCCACCUUUCCUCCAAGGAGCUCAAGGUGGCAUACACAACUUAUCCUCUCUCUAUCUUAUCCUCACAACAACCCUGCAAAGCAGGUUUGGCUGAGAGAUGUUGACUGGUCUGAAGUCAUCCAGUGAGCUCCAUGGCCAAGGGAUUUGAACCCCAGUCCCCCAAAUCCUAGUGCAAUAUGCAUACUGGAUCUGAAGUGCAGAAUUCAAAACUUUUUUCAAAGAGCCCUGCCACUACAGCUUUAGCUCUCAGCAGCGCAAACAGGAAUUUGGCACUAGAAGUGCCAAGCUCUACUGCUCAUGUUGAUCCUACUAGCUUGUUUGGAGUAGCAAGAGGAUUGGUGCAGUCCCCUUGUGGUUUGCAGGGAUCAGGUGCACCAAUGCGAAGCUUUGCAGGAAAUCUUAACAGCAUCAGAGCAAUACAGGGUUUGGGUGUCUCGUGGGACUGAUUGGGUAGGAGAUUGCAGAACUGCUCAGUUUCACUGUCUUAUAUAUCACUCUGGGGUGUGUGUGUGUGUGUGUGUGUGUGUGUAUGUGUAUAGUUGAACAUUAGCACCAGUUAUUGUAGACAGACCAGAAACGGUGAUUUUUUCUUUUUAUUUAUUAUGCCACAUUUCAUUUUUUAAAAGAGUCAUUUACAAAAUAUAUAAACCACAUCAAAACAGUGAAUUCAAACCAGCAAAACAGUCCUAUUAAAAGGGGCAGAACCAGCACAUCAAACAAAAAUUAAGACAGGUGAUAUCAAAAAUUGAAAGUCCAAUAAAAAACAACAGCCUUAAACUACUGGAGAGACAGCAGGAAGAAAACUGAAAGACCCUCUCUUGGGAGAGAGUUCUAGACUUUUCCCCCUGGCUCAGGUUUUUCUGCUCUUCUGUACUUUAAUGGCCAAGCGAAAUCAACCAUACUCACCUACUUGUGAUACAACGCUGAGUCGUGCUGCGAGAGAUGUGAAUCUCUACCAUGUCAGGAUGCAGAUUAAUUCUAGCUGGGGUGCAGAUAGGGUUGGCGGGACAAUGCACUUUUAACUUGGGAGGGUAUCUGCAAAAUUAGCUCCACUUGCCCUGAAAUAGUUAAGCUGAAAUUAAGGAGGGUUUAUUGAGGGGUUUUUUUUUUUUUUUGUAAUUGAUAUUUAUUAAGUUUUCAAAGAAUAACAACAAAAAUUUCCAAAAAAAAAUUUAAGGAUACAAAAAACAAAAAUAGUACAUAAACAAAAAAGAAAAGAAAACCCAGCCGCAAAGAAAAAAAAAAGAGAAACAGAAAAACAAAAAUAUAAAGUCCUUUACAAUCUCUAUUGACUUCCUUUCUAGACUUCCUCCUCCUCCCCUCUUUUGUUUCUUAAUUUUUAAUUUUUACAGCAAAUCCUUUCUGUUUUUUCAUAACAAUCUGUCAUUACGUUUCCUUAUUCUAUUUUCCCUCUUGUCAUAUAAAAACUUUAAGACUCAUAGCUUAUAUUCAAUAUUUACCAAAUUCUUGCAUCAUUACCUUUUACGAAUCAUUUACCAAUCCUUACUUAAGCCAUGUAAUUUCAUUCAACAUCCUUCAAACAUUUGUAAGCAUUCCCAAUAUUAAAAAAUAAAAAGGAAAAAUAAUAAGUCAAAUUCAGUCCAGUCAGCUUCCAACCGUCCCUCCCCUGGACCCGGGAUUGUCAGUCCUUUUAACCUCGAUAAUCCGGCUCCUUAACCUGGUUGUCUCGUAUCCGAGGCCCUCAAGUCUCUUUCUUGCCCCUUUCGCCACUCUUGUUGAUGAUUCCUUUCCAGUCGUGGAUGCUCCAGCAAGAAAAUGCUUUUGACCCUUUGCAGCAAGUCCAUCCCAAACCCAUUGCCCAAGCCAGACAGCAAAUAAUACCACUUCAAAUUUCCACAAAGCUUGGAGACUUCGGCUACUCCAAUCCUCUGAUAGCCCAUCACCAGACUCGGAAGGUCCAAAUAACCAUAUGGAGGGGGUCGAUCCAUCCCCCAUUUCCAAAUCUGACCACAUUUCAUCUUUCCGAAUCUGGUUUGUCCCAAGUUCAUUUAUCAAGUUCAAAGGCUGAUCUUGCCCGUCCAAAGGUCCCUCCAUCUCUGAAGCCUCCGUCACUACAGCAGGUUCAUAUGCUUGUAUAGCCUUUAACUGAAUUUCAUUUGUUUGCUGCUGUGCUCUGGUAACUUCCAUCAUCAAGGUCGUCUCCUGACGCAUCUGGUCCAGCUGGGCACUUAGUUUUGAAAAACCUUCCAGGAACAAUUGUUCAAGCCUUUGUACUAGCAUUGUCCUUCAAGGUCAAAGAAAAUUCUUUCCCACGACAAUAGUCCAAUAGUCCUUCUCUUUUAAUCUCUCUGCGUUGCAAUUUCACUAAAUUCCACUAGAUGGAAAUUUUUUUUUUUUAAAGGAAUAAAAGCAACAGCAACAAUCUUUCUUUUUCCAGAAACACUUUAUCCAAAAUUCCGCCUCCAAAUUCAAGAGGCAACAGUAGAAUCAAAAUGUUACCCUUCUUUUAACUAACUGUCGAGCUGGAUAAACUUCAGAACGUCAAUUCUGACAGCCCGCUCCUGGUUCAGGGCGGUGGAAAAUUGCUUUAUUUUAAACUCACUUCCGCAGGAUUGAAAAGUCCAAAUACAACCCCUUCUUCUCCUGCAGUCAAAGGGGGUUCAGAAAUCUUAGAUGUUGAAUUCUAGUUCUCUUAGAAUUUAAUUUUCAAGCUUUAGUAUAUUUUGUCUUUGCUUUCUUCACAUAACAAAAGAACGGAAGGCGACUUCCUGUUUAGACCUUCCCAUUCCGAGUCCCAAUUAAGUUCAAUUUCAAGUCCAAUAUUAUUUGUUUAUUCACCAGUCUUAAAAGUGGUUCAACUCUUCCAAGAUCAGGUACUCACGGAUAGAUAUUUUAGAUGCCAAAUUGUCCAGGAAAAGGCAGCGCUCUCCGAUAACGGCAGUGCGGCUUUGCUGCACGGAGGAAGCAGUCGACUCACAGCACCACGCACCUCCACUCCGGAGCCCGGUAACGGGCUCCGGUACAAGGGGAGAGCGCUCUCGGUGCCCGCCGAGUCCCACGUCCACAGGCUUCUUCCGCCUGUGGUUUUUGCGGGUCCCCGCUGCGCCGUAGCGGCAGGACCCAAGCCUCCGUGCAGCGGGUUCCCUUCAGUCCGAAGGGAAUUCCGCCAUUUUCCGGAGGCGCCACCCCGGAAGUCUCGGGUUUAUUGAGGGUUGCCCAUGAGACUUGGUUCUUCUAGUUGCAAUAGCAAUAGCAGAGCACAUGCGCUGUGUGUGCAGAUCAAUCCGUGGUCUUUAUUUCUUUAAUUUGCUUGUAUACGACUUAAUACUUAAGACAAUCUCUGUGUGGCUGUCCAGUUAAAAGGAUGUUGGAGAGAUGGGAGAGUAAUCCGCCAAAGACUGCCAGGCAGAGUAGCAGACAGUAUAAGAGAUGGUGGAGCCAUCACAGAUACAGGGUGAUGAAAGCAGGGAUACAUCUUAUUCCUUGACUGGAUGUCUGUUGAUGGUUCACCUAAGGACAUGGGUAGGCAAACUAAGGCCCAGGGGCCAGAUCUGGCCCAAUCGCCUUCUAAAUCCAGCCCGCAGACGGUCCGGGAAUUAGCGUGUUUUUACAUGAGUAGAUUGUGUCCUUUUAUUUAAAAUGCAUCUCUGGGUUAUUUGUGGGGCAUAGGAAUUGGUUCAUUAUUAUUAUUUUUUUCAAAAUAUAGUCCGGCCCCCACAAGGACUGAGGGACAGUGGACCGGCCCCCCUCUGAAAGAGUUUGCUGACCCCUGCCUUAGGAGCAUUCAGCCUCUGCAUAUUGAACAUAGCUCUGGUCUGAGGAGUUCUCACCCUAAAAGCUCAGCUGGUACUAAUACUUCUAUUACUGCUGCUACUAUUUACUGAAUUUAUUUGCCACUGCCCACAAAUAAAUCUCAAAGCAACUUCAAAAAGAUCCCGUGAACUGUGGUUUGAUGAGGAUGCUGAAAAUUGUCUGUUGAAGAUUCCCAGAUCUGCUGUUUCAGUGCUCCCCGUGGUAAGGGGAUAAAAUCAAUUUAAGUCUGUAGCGUAGAUAUGCUCAGAGUUUCUCUGGGCAAGGUCCAUGACAUCCUAGCUGCAGAAGAGAAGCAACUGAAACAAUUCCCUCGACUCCCCAGAGUCGCUGUACUUGCUCCCAUUAGUUUGGUCUGCUACGUACACCCUUAAACCCUCCUGAUGCAUCUCUCCACACAGCUUUACUUCAUCUUCCCACAGAUUCAGACAGGAAGAAAAAGGGCCCCUCAAAGUUUAGCAAUGACAAAAUCACAAUGCAGCCAGAGGUUUCACCAUCUGCAGUGCUGUAGGGUGGUGGGAUUCUGUCCAGAAUCACAGGGCUUGCCAUCAACCGCCAGCCAAUUGUCUCCAGGUUUCCAUUCGCAGAGGGUACCGAUCGUGCUCCCAGCCAGUGACAAAGGGCUGCUUUCCAAGAAAUGAUGCCAACCUAGGCCAACAUUCUAUAUGCCGUACAAGCUUUUUCUUAAUUCAACACAGACUCCCACAAGCUAGACUUUAGGGUUGAACAUUUAAUUCACAUCAAGCUGUGAAUGCAUAUUCCGACCCCCACCCCCAAAUCAUGGGAACUAGAUUUCCCAUCAGAGAUCUACAGUUCCCAGCACCAUUAACAAACUGCAAUUCUGAGGAUUUUGUGGGAGAAAUGAUACGGUUUUGGUGCGCUUUAAAUGUAUGGUGUGAUACACUGUAUCAAUUCCAUUUUAAAAAAUGGCAUAACAGACUACAGUAUGUUUCUGCAAAUUCCCUAAAACCCUUCAAAUCCAUCACCCAUACCAAUGUGAUAUUUUUCUUCUUCAGGUUUAAUGUUUUCAUUUGUCAUUCCCCUCUGCGUGAUGCAUGCCGCCUGUAUACUAAGGGGUUAAGUUUCUAAAAAAGUUGCAGCUUUGAAGUGCACAGGCCACUAAAGAACCAAAUAACCUGGCUUUUGGAUUUCAGAAGGAUUUCAGUUUUCAACGGCAGGUCUUGUUGGCAGGGCUAUUCUUAGCCCUUUUAAGCAACACAUGUUCUCCCCAGCUACCAUUUGUGAAUGCGGUAUUCUGUUCUUAAAAGGAAAAUCUCUCAGAGCAUCAGCUAGGCUCUCUUGCUAUAACCAAGAAAGGACAACAGCAGGAGGCCUGUCCAUUGGAGACUGGACCUGAGUCAACGGCUAUUAAUCACAAAGAAUCAUUCGUAAAAUGUAUCUUUUGCCUGGACCUUGCUGCCUUGUGAUUCUAGGGGAAGGGAUGGGUGAGAGAGAACAGGUGAUGUGUUGGGAGCCAAAAUAAACACUAAAUCCGCUAGUUUUCCUUAAAUGUCCUUGUGCGACAGAUGGCAGGCUGAUUUUGUUUAACGUGUCAAGGCAGCAUCUAUAAAAGCAAACGAGGUUUCUUUAACAGUCUGACGGAAGGAACUUGGUGUUGCUUCCGUUUAAGGGAGAGGUGAGGAUUCUUUCCCAGUCCUGAGGGCCUCUUUCCCUCCUCCACAACCUUCCAGGGGCCAUAUGCUGGUGAUGGGCGGAGCCAGAGACAAAAAGUGGGCAGAGCAAAGAUCAUCUACAUCCCCAUUGUCCAGCCCGGAUACUGAGGUCCAGCUCCGAGGGCCUACUGGUGGUUCCCUCCCUGCGAGCAGUGAAGUUACAGGGAACCAGGCAGAGGGCCUUCUGGGUAGUGACGCCCUCCCAUCAGAUGUCAAGGAAAUGAACAACUACCUGAAUUUUAGAAGACAUCAGAAGGCAGCCCUGCUUAGGGAAGUUUUUAAUGUUUGAUGUUUUAUCGUGUUUUUAAUAUUCCCUUGGGAGCCGCCCAGAGUGGUUGGGGAAACCCAGGCCGAUGGGCGGGGUAUGUAUGUAUGUAUGAAUGAAUGAAUGAAUAAAUAAAUAAAUAGACUCUUACCAUCACACAGUAGGCUACACUCCAGCCAGGCAAAAGUCAGAGGUUUCUGCAUGUGCACACGCACAAACAUCCACAAACACAUUGUCUAUCCAGGCAAGCAAGAAGCAUUACCACAGUUCAAUAUAACAGCGCAAGAACGCUUGAAGAGAGUGUGGAGCUGGGCCAAUAAGCUGUGUGGGGUGAGGUGGUUUAGGAUGAGAGAUAGCAACCACCCAAAAGUCACCCUGUUUGUUUCAUGUCUAAAUGUAGAAUUUGAACCCAGGGCUUCCCACUCUUAGUCCGACACCAGAACCUCCAAACUACGCUGGCUCUCAUGGUUUAUGCGGUGGGGUUUUCAUGCAGUUGCAACUUUAGCAUUCAAUUUUUAUUCUAACGAACCUUUCCGUAUAACUCAAACCAGCUCACCAUUCCUCCCUCUCAGGAAUUUUCUAUGGUUUAUUUGUUGAAGUAGCUGUUACAGCAUAUGCAUAUGCAUAAAUUGUAACAUAAUUGUUACACUUACUGAAUUAGGAGCCCUAGGGACGUUUGCUUCUUCUGCUCGGCAUUGAAAUGCAAGCAAGAUAAGAGCAAGAUGAGAGCAAUGUAGAGCAGAGAAUUAGCUAGUAUGCAACGCUAGAAAGAGGAUGUUGAAUCUAAUGUAAUCAGACCUGGAUUAGGAAUUGAAUAUCUCAAGUAGUGAUGCUUUUCUAGGUCAUCCUUUAUGUACCUACCCCAACCUUCUCUCCAUUCUUCCAGUCUCCAAGUGGACUUUGGAUUUAGCCCUUGGGAUCCUUUCUCCUCUGUGCACCUUUCCUUUCUGACCUGAUGCAUGCAGAGGCAGCUCACUCCUUAAUGCUGAAAAUUUCUGCUCUUCAGGUGCACGGAGUGAGGGAGGGACAAAAGGUUUUACCUUCCAAAGCAGCGAAUGCCCAACUUAAAUGGAAAAGGAAUUUCCAUGUAUGAAAAGCAAUUUACAUGUACAAAUUGGUAUGGCUAAUUUUACCCAACAACUCCCUCCUCCCCUCUCACACGCAAACACAAACAAAACUCACUGCACCCGCCUCACAAUAUCAUGUGUUUGGCGAGUGAGUGUCGUUUGGGGAAAGUGGCCCCUCAAGCCAAAUUGGGCCACUUUGGCCCACAGGUCAGAGAUUCCCCACCCCUGCUGCAAGUUAUAAAGACCUCCAAGCAGUGCAGUGUACUGCCCACUACCAACUUCCCAUGUUUCCUUCCUACUAAAUUCUCACAAAUUCUUGUCUACUAAAUAAAUUCAGUCUUUGUCAGACUAUUUUUGAGAUUGGGGGGGGGGGGUUGCUUCCUUAAUUUUUUAAAAAAAAAUUAUAUACAAACUUUGGGGUCCCCCCAAGCCAUGCAGUUAUCUCCCUCCUGUUUUGUUGUGGCCCCAUUUGGGCUUCAGUUCUGCUGGUAUCCUCCACCGAAUUUGCCAUCAGAUACACUUUCAGGGUACACAGAACAUCUCACAGCAACACAGGCAGGUCAUUGUCUAGAGCAGCCUUUCUCAACCUUGGGUCCCCAGGUGUUGUUGGACUACAACUCCCAUCAUCCCUAGUUAGCAGAACCAGUGGUCAGGGAUGAUGGGAAUUGUAGCCCAACAACAUUUGGAGACUCAAGGUUGAGAAAGGUUGGUCUAGAGCAGGGCUUCCCAAACCUGGAUCUCCAGCUUUUUUUUGGAGGACUACAAUUCCCAUCAUCCCUGAUCACUGGUUCUGCUAGUUAGGGAUGGUGGGAGUUGUAGUCAAGAGCAGCUGGAGACCCAAGUUUGGGAAACACUGGUCUAGAGGAUAAUUACAAUAUACAUUUGCAUAGUUUUGGGGGAUGAAGGCAGAAGUGGGGUGUGUGGGAGAGUACUGAGGUGUAGAUGGUUGUAAAUGCUGUAAGCGAGCAAGGAUUGAAGCCCUAUACUUUCAGAAUGGGGCUGUAAUUCAGGGGUUAAGCCCUUGGCAUAUUUGGUUUUAAAUGUCCUUAGGUAGUAGGGCUAGGCAAGGUGGAUCAAUGGCCUGAUUGUUCAUAUGAAUUAACUUCAUAUGUUCAAUAGCAAUUGUUGGUGAAGAUUUGGGAGAAAGGUGGAAAGUGAGCAGGGGAUUUCUAGGCUGAAGAGGCAGUGAGGGAGAAUGGGCAGAAUUAUUAUUAUUAUUAUUAUUAUUAUUAUUAUUAUUAUUAUUUAAAGAAGGGGACCUUUGUUCAGCUCAGGAAGGUAGAGCUGGAGGAGCAAUUGUCACAGGCAAGAAUAUAUCGGCCUGAUGAUGAUGGUGAUGAUAUAACACUAUGUGGUCAUCGUUAGGUGGUCAAGCGUGCUAUGCCCUCCCUCUCAUUUUUUUUUUUUAAGUAUGUAGACAUAAAACAUAACAGCCAACUUAAUAGCAAACCAUAAACUAAAUCCACAAGCUCACAGCAGCAGACAGUUUGUUAAUGGUUAUUUCAAGAAUCGAUAAUGUUUCUCCAGCUUCUAUUAGAAAUAUUGAUAUUCCCAUAUCAUUCUCUGGUUUCUCUAAUACAAGUUAAUUUCUCCCCCUACGUCUUCAGUAUACAAAAUUAUACACAUCCAUUCUUUCUCUCUGACCCUUGUGGGAUUGUGAACUCCUUCCUCUUCUUCUCUUGUGCAGGCAUUUCCCAUUUAACUUCAGAGGUUAGCAUUAUACCUGUGCUAGCUUUUUAGCCAACUAACCCAAACCACAGUUUGGAAACCUGUUUCUAUCCAUAAGUAGCAAAGUGCUUUGCCAGGGUUUCAUGGAAUUGUGCUGCUGGAUGAUUUAGUGGAAGAACAACAGGCAAAUCCCAUUGUAGAAUAAAUGCAUCUCACUGUUUUUGAUCCUGUUUGACUUGCUAAAAUUGGGCUUGGCCCCUUUGUGUAGUAGUAAUGCACACUGGCCAUCUGCAGAGAUCCAUCAAGUUACCCUCCUUUUAAUAUAUAAUUAUUAUUAGAAAUGGGCUUAGGAAGUGAACAAGAUAAAAUAUUAUAGAUUUUAAAUUUUAAAAGGCUAUUUAAAGCCGUUUAAAACGUUACUGAUUGUGGGACUUCCCAGGGUGGCAUUUUAAUGCUGUUCAUGAAACCAGAUUUCCUCACUCACUCCCCCAAGAGUUGCAAAGAGUCAAAGACAGAUGGCCUUGGCUCUUUUAUGGGACAUGCGUAUCUCAGACACCAGGGUAAAUGACAAGCUGCCAGCCCAACCAUUGGGCAAAAUGAGGUAUCUGCCUUGGGCAGCAGAUUUUAGGCACCAUUGAAAUGUGUCAAAAAUGGUCAGUUAUUUAAUUUAUCAUCACUCUGUCUGGCACUGCUAAAAUGGUUGGCACCUCCUUUCCCACUCUACCCUGCCAUAAGAUGCCUGUGUUUGUCAGCUUUUCCUGGCAGGUAGAAAUUCAGUAGGUGACAUUUCCCAUUGCUGUACCUCCAGGGGCGACAGCUGUUUGUCACAUGAACCUGGCCAGGAAAAAUGGAAAAGUGGCAACCAAUGGGAGGGAGACUCAUUUGAAUUUUUCGCCUCAGGCAUAGAGAUGUUUUUGGGCUGGCUUCGAUAAGCAGCAUUGGCUCAACCAUGUGCAUUAGGAACUGGGAAGAUUGCAGGAGCUCGAUGAGUUCAGAAACAUCAUUUGAUAUAUGGCUCAACAGGAUAAUGUGAUAUAGCCCAUCUAAGUUGCCUUAUUAAAAAAAACAAGCAAGCAUAUUGCCUCUGCAUAUCACUUAACUAACUGCUUUAACUCUCCCCAUCUUAAUGGCCCAACCAUUUUUUUAAAAAAGGAUUGAUUCUAUUUGCAAUGAAAUACUGAGGUUGUCAGAGCCUUAAAAGCCCUAUGAUUUGCGUAGCCAAGAGGCAAUUAAGUUACACAUCCAUUUCCUCUCCCCAUUUUUCUCCUUUGGUUUGCUUAAAAGUGCCAUUCUCUUGAUUUCAUAAGGCCCAGUGGCUUGAACGGCUUACAACACCUAAGUAGUAUUCAGUUGCUAGGCCACUGUCUUAAGCUGGAGUUGGUGCAUUAACAGUGCAGUCUGCUGGGUGUACAUGGAAGGUAAUAUUCCUUGUGAGGCUCUCUGGGAUUCCACUGGUGGAGUGGAAUCCUGGGGAUCAACUCCAGUUGCGUGUGCCCCUGCACGUACAAGCCCUGUUUAGGCAUUCAGCUAGAAAUGAGCAUCAGGGUUGUGUCUGCUGCUUCCACUGCUGCCCUCCAUGCAUUCAAGGAUCCCAUGUACACAGAACCUAUUGCACAAUCCAUACUUUGAAAAAGAGAGAGAAGUGUACGGAUUGUGCACACAGAAGCCUGCACAUGCCUCCUUGAGUGCAUUGAAACUGGAAACAAGACCAGCAGGCAAAACACUUCUUCAUUUCUAGCCAAAUGGAGACCUGAAUGAGUCAUUGAACUUUUACUUCUCCUAUGCACCCUCCUGCAGGUACAGACAUAAAUUAAUGGGGCAGAAAUGAAUGGGGCCAUUUCAGUUGUCAGGAGAGCUCCUCUGUGCAUGCACUAGAACCCUCAUUCUUACAGCAGAUAACCAGAUCAUGGCAUCGCAAGCAGACUGUCAAGCCUUGCAUAACAUAUCCUCUUUUGCAAGAAGAUUGAAAAGAGGUGCCUAUCUACCUUGUAGAGCAGAAUGCCACUUAUGGGAACAUUCAGCCAGAAAAGGCUCAAGGUGGAUUUUUACCUUGUCCCAAAAUGUUCUUAGGGCAGUGCAGCCUGUACAUUUUGCAGUGAGUCACACAUGCAGGCCGCAGGCUGCAGCUAUAGUUCAUAAGUUGUCUGGUGCUGAACCAAGCAGAGGAUGAUCAGCAGAAGGACCCAGCAUCCUCCUUGCUCCUAUUCUUCCCCUCCACUCUGUUUUAUUCCUUUCUCUAACUAAAUGAUCAAAAGAAGGCUGGGCCAGACCAUUGGUCCAACUAUAAUCCAGUGGUACUCUAUUCUGACCCGCAGUGGCCUUCCAGGACCAUGGGCAGCACUCUCUCCCUGCCUUGCAUUCAUAAGAUCAAUUGAUUUAUUUUAACUGAGAAUGAAACGGAUUGAUGCCAGAAGUACCCAGAUGCAAAGCAUUUGCUCUGCCACAGAGCUAUGCCCCUUCCCUUUGUCAUACAUUCCCCAAAGAAUCCCGGGAACUGUGGUUUGUUAAAGGUGCCGAGAGUUGUUAGGAGACCCCUAUUCCCCUUGCAGAUCUACAAUUCUUGGAGUGGUUUAACAGUCACUCUCCCUUUUCCCCCAGAGAAUUGUAGGUCUGUGAGGGAAGUACAGGUCUCCUAACAACUCUCAGAACCUGUAUCAAACUAUAGUUCCCAGGAUUGGUUUUUUUUGGGGGGGGGGAACCAUUACUGCUUAAACUGGUGUGAUACUGGUUUAAAUGUAUAGUGCAGAUGGGGCCUAAGGAUGCAGGAAGAAUACAGGAUCAGACAAAAAGUCAUAGAUAAUAGAAUCAGAGAGUUGGAAGGGACCACAAGGAUCAUCUGGUCCAACCCCCAGCAAUGCAGGAAUCUUUCACCCAUUGUGGGGCUUGAACCCACAACCCUGAGAUUAAGAAGUCUCAUGUUCUACCAGCUGAGCUAUCCCUGUAGUCUAGCAUUCAUCUAGACCCACCAGAUGUCUUGCAAGCAGUAAGGGCUUAUUUCACUUUAGGCCUUGAGUGCCAACAGUGCUGUCUUCUAAGGCCACCUCUAAUUCCAUUUCUGUCUGAAGCAUGAUUCUCGACAGCAUGAUGCAGAUCCAUUCAGUGUGCAGGAACUCCCUUCUCAACUCCUCUCUCAGUCCCUACUUUUCAGGGAUGGGACCAGGAGAUGGCGCACCGAUCCCCCUUCUGCCACCAGUGUAUUGCAGGCAGUUUAUGGGUUCUUUUCCCCCGGCAGUAAAACUUAUUUGAUGCAUUUCAUUUCAUUUAUGAAUCUCUUCCCAUGAAACGUUUCAGUGUGAUUUAGCCAUGAAAACAACAGCGGUAUUAAAUGUAUUCAAAGUCAAGGGCUGCCAUUAGGGAACACCUGGUAGCCAGAGUGUCCUAGGGCUGUCUGAGUUCUGCUGAGCAGAGGAUAUGCCAUUUCCUCCUUGCUUAGGUCCACAUGGGGUUCUAAGCUGCAUGACUCCAAUUAAAAAGCAGUGGAAGUCAAGCAGAUAAAAACCCCAGUCCAUUUUCAUCAUUCAAGAGGCAUAAGGUGGCAAUGGCUGCUUCUGCCAGGAUUGCGAGUACAGUGAAGGGAAUGAUUUGCUUGCUAAGGCUGCAAUCCUAAGUAUUCUGACUUUAAAGUAGGUCCCACUGAACUUGAUGCAGUUUACUCCAAUGUUGCUGGGGAUGGACUGUAAACGUUAACACCUGUCUGUUGGCCCAGGUUGGUUCCUGGUUCCCCCAUCACAGUAGUUUUCAAACUUCCCACUUUGAGGAAAUCCUUCCACGUUAACUUUACUGUCAAGGAUGCCCUGCAUAUAAGCCACAGAACCCUCUGUUUUUGCAGAGAAUUCUGGGGCAAAUUCUUGUUGGCAAAUUCAUAUUGCAUUAUUGCCACUGAGUGAACUGAGAUCAGCAAUCUUUGAGGGAAAUUUGGUCAGCGGCACUGAUCUCCUUUUUGGGGAAGCCUUGAUGAGGUACUCUCACAAUUCUCCAGAACAUACCGUAUUUUUCUGUGUAUAAGAGUAGGUUUUCUUCCUAAAAAAUAAUUUCCAAAAUUUGGGGGUGUCUUAUACAUGGGGGGCCAUAUCCCCCCAUUUUAUUAAAGCGGAGUCCCAAAAAAUAGGGGUCGUCUUAUACAUGGGGGCAUCUUAUAGACGGAAAAAUAUGGUAGUUUGAAAACCACAGCAAUAUAUUAAGAACACUAUUCUCUAGUCUACUGAGACUGCUCCUAGUUAUUUCACUAGAAAGGCUUAGCAAUGGAAAUUUAAUCAUAACUGGAGACUAGAGGAGAUGGACAUGGAUCUGCUUUGUUGAGGUUCUUGAACCAGACAGUUCUGACACAGUUGGCUGAAGCCCAUGAAAGCAUGUAAAACUAUUUUUAAGGCCACAAAGAUCUUUGCUGUUUUUGCAGAGGGAUAAAAGGGUUUCAAGCAUGCUGGGUUUUCUGCAACAUCUAUUCAUGUGGUUAUGCCCUUUUCAGCAUAACUACCAGUUUGAAAUGAGCCCAGACACCUUAAAUGUCAAUGCACGCACACACUAUAAACAAUGGAUAUGCAUAAGGUGAUUUCACAAAGGUGAUGCAUGUAUUUGUGUGCUUUCUCCGGAGAAAAACAACCUCACCUUUUCAGUGGCUCAGUUUGCAUGCAAGACUACACCAAAUCACAGCCAAGGUUUGUUCCUGGCUUGCCAAUCAUGGUUUGUCUGGGGGAGACAAACCACAACCUGGGUUGGGACAUGAUGCUAAGCUAAACCAUGGGUUGGGUUUGGGUAACACAGCAGCAGCAGGAGGACAGGGGGAAGAAGAGGAGCAAUCAUGAUUUAUGCUGUCUGUUCCCCAACAUACACAUAUUCACACCUAGCCAUGGUUUGGCUUAGCCAUACAAAGAAUGUCUCUGACUUACUUUGACAAACUGUGACACUGUGAAUCUUCAAGCCAUCCCUGUUUGGGGGUCACUUGUGGGCCUUAUUCCUGACUUAGAAUUCUGAUGAAGCCUCUUGUUUUCCAUUCAUUCUUAAAACCAUCACUCUCCUUCAGGCAUAGACUAUAAAAAAAAUUCAUGAUGCAUUCUGGCACAAAGCCAUUAUUCCAGGGCCAAAUUCUCCACCUUUAUCAUCCCCUGCAUUGUAAGCCUUGUGUCACAGUGAGCUCCCAGCACUGAAGAUAAUCUUUUAGGAUAUAACAGUGAAUUCUGUCUAUGGACUUUCCGAUUCAAUCUCCCACCCUCCCUGGACUUUGAACACAGAUGAAAGAUGCUCAGUGUUAUAGAUGGGAAAUGCAAAAUACUUUCCUUCCUUCAGCUAAAUCUAUGAAGAGGCAAAAUACCAAACAUAGGCAUUUAAAUGUGCCUUGAAAUGGCUUUUUCACAGCCCUACAAAUAUUGGAACAUUUUAUUUUUAGCCUAUAAGAAGCCUGAAGGCCAGCUAGGGGAUUAUAGGAUGUUUAAAUCCAAAUUUUCGUCCCAGCAUUUUGAAACUAACCUUUUUAUUAUUGUCCCAAUGAAGUGUACCCAUUAUGGAAAGCAAUAAUCUAUUUCUCCUGCAGUCUAAAAGGAAGUAGCCUGAAGCAAAAUAUGGCAAAAUAGGGGGGUAGUCUGUUGGAAAUGUUUAUUUUCCAAGGUAUUCACUUUGUCAAUGGUGGGUGGGACGGAGGGUCUUAUUUGAAUGUAUAUACCAGGCAUAGGCAAACUUGGCCCUCCAGAUGUUUUGGGACUACAACUCCCAUCAUCCCUAGCUAACAUGACCAGUGGUCAGGGAUGAUGGGAGUUGUAGUCCCAAAACAUCUGGAGGGCCGAGUUUGCCUGUUCCUGGUAUAUACAGUUAUUAGGGCUUUGAACACUAAAGGAAGACCAUGGUGAACUUACAACAAUUACUAUCAUAGCACAUUCACAGUGGAUGUGGUCUAUGGCCUGGACAAGCACACUAUAGACUUUAUUGGAACUUUAUUUAGCUCAACCACACAGGGUCCCACACCUUCCUCUGUAUGUAAUGCAGUAACUAAACUCAGUCUAACAAGCUAAUGCUUAGUUGAAUUUUAUUGCAUGGAACUACACUUCAGUAAACAAUGUGCCAAAGGUCUUACGUGUACCAAAUGAAUACAAAUCAUUAAUUACAGCUGGUUCCAGGGAUGAAUUGUGUACCUAUGAGAACUUUAGCUCUUCAUCAACACACACACUGCUUUAAGUUCCAAAUGUGUUGAAGGGCGUUGUCUUCUUUUUUAGUUGUUAUAUUUACUUGGUCUCCUAAAACGUUUACAUGAAUUGAAUGAGGGGUAUCAGCUUUUUCCUCCGAGAACUACCCCUUCCCCCAGCACUCCACUGGCCUUAUGAUGGAGAUCUGCAUGGAUGUUUCCCGAAACAUGUCUGUGAAAUAUGUGGUGUCAGCAACAGAUUUUCCAUUAUUGCCAAACCUCUGCAGUUUAACAUGGAAAUACAGGCCAUGUAAUAUUUUGUACCCUUAUGUACCGCCUUUCUUUUUACAAGAAAACCCAAGGAAGUUUACAACAAAUUCAGAAUUAGACUGUAACAACCAUGAAAUACAUUCUCCAGAAUGUCUCGUUUGGAUUCUGUUGAAGGACAACUUUUGACUACCUCAAGAAAAUAAGCUUGGAAAAGGGAGUAUAAAAGCCAUCAGUCCAGCUCCCCCAAAUUAGUUAAAUUUAUUUUGACUAAAGGAUGGUGAGGUCACUUGGCCCUCUCUGUGUGCCAGUGACUAAUGUUGCUCGUUGCAGGAAAAUUCCACUCCAGCAGUUCUGGCCACCUGGAAUGAGAGCAGCACUGUAAGAAGAAACAACUUGGUUGGAUGCUGCACUUUGACUUCAGUUCUUUCCCGCAACGAUGACAGUAUUCUGCCCAGGAAAGUAGCGCUGCGCUCAGUUUUCUGCGCUUCCUAGCCUCAGAUUAAUGACAGUUCUGCGACACUCUUUGGAACCUCAGAUAUCUUACUAACAAAUAGAGCUUGGGUUUUGUAAGCAUGCACACAAAUUUUUGGCUACUCCUAAAAGCCCCCCUCCCCAAUCCAAAUAUGAACUUGGUUCAAGCAUGUGAAGAGAAAUGGAAUUCCCACAGCCCCACAUUCCAUUCCAGGUGUAGUUUGGCUUGCUGUAUACUGGAUUGCUCACCUCUGCUUUGACGUAAACAUAGCUCAGUUGUUGGAAUAUGAGGCUCUUAAUCUCAGAGUUGUGGGUUCAAGCCCCACAUUGGCUGAAAGAUUCUUGCAUUGCAGGGGGUUGGACAAGGUGACCCUUGUGGUCCCUUCCAUCUCUACAAUUCUGUGAUUCUAUGUCCUCAGUCUUAACUAUGCGCCGUUAAAAUAAUAAUCCAAUUUAUAGUUCUUUGUAGAAUUUGGGUUGUCUUGAGCUAGGUGUGUCCAUCAACUUUCACCUUUCUGGGUGGUGUUGAAAUACCUUAACCAUUUUGACGGAGAGAUGUAUAAAUGUUGAGGUGCCCUGGGCCAGACAUGCUUUUAGAUGACCUGCCUGCUUGAAUGGGUCCAUCCCAAACAUCUUUGCAUGUCAGGAGUUGGGAACAGAUUUGGCAGGCAUUCCCCACCAGCUGCUUUAAUUGGUGGGCAAGCCCUCCCACCUGUCAAUCAAUCACCUGACAUCACAAUGAUGGCAGAUGAGUCAGCUUAAAUGGAAAGAGUGGAGCGCACACUUAGAGGGAGACCCAAUAAAGCCAAGUGUUUUCCACUCAUCAUCCUUGUUGCAUUAAGUGCUCUGUGUAGGUGUUUUGUUGAACAUCAUUUUCUGCUGUGUUUUAACUGCAUGGUAGCCUGCAUGAGUCUUUGGCCAUUUGAACUUAGAACUUAAUUACUACUUGACAGUCACUUACAGAUGAAGGCAGAGCAGGAGUUCAAGUGUUUUUAAAGAAGAAGCAGAUUGCCUAAAUUAUGAAAUAGAGACUUGGCCUGAAGACAAGCAGGGCCGAUAAAAAGGUUGGGAACCCUUUAGAUGCAAAAUGCUUUCAUAAUUAUUAUUAUUUUAUUACACCUGUAUUCCAGCUUUCCUUCAGAAGCUCAGGGCAUUUUAUCACAUCAACUACAGUGGUGCCUCGCAAGACGAAAUUAAUCCGUUCCGCAAGAGUCUUCGUCUAGCGGUUUUUUCGUCUUGCGAAGCAAGCCCAUUGACGGAUUAGCGCUAUUAGCGCUAUCAGCUGUUUAGCGGCUAUUAAAGGCUUAAAGGCUUAGGGGAUUAGCUGCUAAAAGGCUAUUAAAGGCUAUUAAAGGCUUAGCAGAUUAGAUAAAGGGGGAAAAGCGAAAAAUAAUCUCUAGACUCUCAAGGUAUUUUCGUCUUGCGAAGCAAGCCCAUAGGGGAAUUCGUCCUGCGAAGCAACUUCAAAACGGAAAACCCUUUCGUCUAGCGGUUUUUCCGUCUUGCGAGGCAUUCGUCUUGCGGGGCACCACUGUAUCUGUGAUUUAGAAGAUGCUGAGUUUAUGUUGACUAGUCCAAGAUCUCUCACUGAGUUUCAUGCCUAAACAGGGAUUACUCUGUCCACUGCACUGUGCUGAUCUCUCAAGUAUAGAUUUUAUGUAAUGCUGCCACCAUUUCACUAGGCAAGGGUGUGUCUUAUAGUGAGUAGUGUGAUAGGCAGAAAUCCAACAGGUACUGCUUUCUCCAUCACUGGAGGGGAAGAAGAGUUGUACCUGCUGAAUUUCGACAUGUGACACCACUGUUAAAGAUAAAUAGCCUGUGUCAAGAAGAGGGGAAAGUAACCUACCAGAAAUCCAUGGGAAAUAGUAACUGCAAUUGGCUUGUAGACUUUUAAGUCAGAUUCAAGAUUUGUGGCUUCCCUUCUGUAGCUUGUUGGGAUGAUACUUUUAACUUUUCUUAGCCUAAUUUUAAAUACACUACUAGAUUUUAAUGGAUUAUUGAAUAUUGCUUUAUUUGAUAUAAGUUGUUUAUUUUAAAGUUAUUGUGAUUUUUUGUAUUGGAUCGGAUUGUUAUUAUUAAUUUUUGACAUUUUAUUAUGUUUUAAUAUGUGUUGGGGGCUGCCCAGAGUGGCUGGGGCAACCUGGCCAGAUGGGCGGGGUAUAAAUAAAAAUAUAUAUUAUAAAUUAUUAUUGUUAUACAAAGUUGGGGAAUGCUUAACUUUUAAAAAUAUACAUCUCAAGUUUCAAGCUAGGUGGAAAGUUUAACAAGUCUGUCAGCAGAUACUGUAUCAGGGAUUCUGUAUUUUAUAUCUUCUCUUUGAAAUAAGAUGCAUAUUUAGCUAUCUCAGGAUUAGAAGAGGCUUUGGCUUGUCAACCCGGCUUUUAAAUUGAGAACCAUUUGAACUGGAGAUGCAAACUUUCAGCUUUGCUUCGCAAUUUGUGUUGCUUGUUUGCUUUUGGUGUUAAUCAUGCUUGGGGCUUUGGAAGUCACUCUAGCGAUAAACAUUUGGUAAGGAAAGAUUGCUCAUCAGUUGUAUAUGCCUAGCUUUGGUGUGGAGAAACCUACUUGUUUAUCCUAGACAAAUUUAUGGAGGGUAAGACUAUCAGUGGCUGGCUGUGAUGUCUAUGAGCUACCUCCCCUGUCUGGGGCAGCCUGCUGCUGAAUACCAGUUGGCGGAAAUUGCAAGUUCGGUUGUGCUCAAGUUCUGAUAGGGGGCUUCCCAUGGACAUCUAGUUGGCCACUGUGAGAGCAGGAUGCUUGAUGGACCAUUGGUCUGAUCCAGCAGGGCUCUUCUUAUGUUCUUAAAUAUUUAAUUUGAGAGCAUUGGUAUACUAAUGCAUUUCAUAAUGAGGGCAAUACAUGGAGCAGAGAAUGACAAAACUCCUUCCAUCUCAAGGCAAGCGAGAGACUCACUUUGGGGUGGAAUUCUCAUUCAAGAAGAAACUGCCCACUCCUUCCCCACCUCCCAGAGAUGUUAUGCAGCUCUGCUAUCAAUUUUCCAUAGCCUGGACCAGUACAGUGUGCUGCAAAUACAGUGGUACCUCAGGUUAAGUACUUAAUUUGUUCUGGAGGUCCAUUCUUAACCUGAAACUGUUCUUAACCUGAAGCACCACUUUAGCUAAUCGGGCCUUCUGCUGCUGCUGCGCUGCCAGAGCACGAUUUGUGUUCUCAUCCUGAAGCAAAGUUCUUAACCUGAGGUACUAUUUCUGGGCUAGCGGAGUCUGUAACCUGAAGCGUAUGUAACCUGAAGCGUAUGUAACCCGAGGUAGCACUGUACAAAACAAAAACUCAAAAUAAGCGCAUAGCCAGCAACUAAAGCACACAAUCUCAUCCAAAGACUACACAUCCCAUCACAGAAUAUAUACUAUAUCAUCAAGGAAUUAAGCAUUUGCGCUUACCCAUUUAAUUUAAUAGUUUACCUAGGAAUGUAAUUUACCCUCCACUAGGGAGGCUAAGAUUAGUUCCAAGGACACUGAGUGAAUCUUUCAGAGAAGUGAUUCAAGUCUUAUACAGAACAAAUUCGCCAAGGAAAGUGUAGCUAUAAGAUAGGUCAACUUCAGACAUAUACUUUUGGUCAUAAAAUGAAACGUGUAAACCCAGAAGCAAGAUCGUUGGGGCCUAGUAAAUCGGGUCAAACUUUUCAUUUCAAGACCUGGUCAUUUUAACGUAGAACUCCCAUACUAGUUUUACCGGUCUACCCAUUUCCCAACACCUGGGAGAAAGAGCAGCCCUCUGCUGCAAUAUUGCUGUAAGAAUAAUGCACACGGGAGUGGUUUUAAAUGCUGUAAUUUAUUGGGAUAAUAGUGAGAUAGAGCCAUACAAAAAUAGGAAGCAAAAGUUAAUGCUUAAAAAAGAAGACGUCUGAUGUGACCCUUAAUCUGCCCUGGAGUUGUUAUUUUCAUAGAAUGGGUGGCCUCUACCUCCUGUUCCUGUAAGCCUUGGUGAUUUUUAUUUUUAUUUUUACAAAAAAAGUAGUAAGCCUACCUAGGAUCAAAGCGUCCAACUUCCUUCAGUACAGGCUUUUAAAGUUGCAAUUGGAGAAUCCCAAAGAACAACAGACUUCUCUGAGCCAAAGCCUCCAUCCUUCCAGGUCCUUGAACCUCUGAUGGGCAUUUGCUUCUCACUCUUCAAAGUCAGGACUGCUGAGAAAAAGAAAUCAUCCCUGCGGGAGGAACUGAUGGAAAAUGCAAGUUCCUGACUCAGAGUUCUAUUGCAUUCUUCUUCCAACUUCUAGAAACAGCACUUACAAUUUAGAAAACUCUCUCUCUCUCUCUCUCUCUCUCUCUCUCUCUCUCUCUCUCUCUCUCUCUCUCUCUCUUUCUCACUCACCCACCUAUACCCACCCACCAUCCAGUAUGCUUCCUUUCUCCAACAGAGAAAAUAUGAAUUUGAUAAGAGACUGAGUGAGUAGGCCUGUUUUGCCUUGCAUGGCGAUUGUAUGUGAUUAAAAGAGAGAUGCAACAAUAAGACCGACAUACAGAGGCCUUACAGAAUAUUCUCUGUGGAGUUUGUUCUAUAUUUGGGACUCUGGUAUGACAGAGUCUGCUAUGUCAGAGCUUUCCAUCCGUCUCAAGCACCAUGACCGGAGUACCACGACUUUAUAGUCUGACAAAACACACAAAGCAACAAGGCUUGGAAAACAUGCUCUGAUGGUUAGCAGAGCUCUAGAGCAAAGGCUUGUUUCAGGAAGGGGCUUCAUCUAGGGAAAAACGCAACAGAGUCAUAGGCAUUUGACAAUUUUUUUGAUCAGGGAUCGGUGGGCGAUUUGUGUUCCAGACUGCUGACAGCAGCCAUUUUGUGCGAAGGGAGACAAAGAGGCAGCUGAUGUUCAUGGCAUAACAUACCGUGAACUUCCUGUAGAUCUGAGAAUCCCAGAUCUCCACAGAUGGCCAGAUGAAGAUGUGCCUCAUAGAAGAACACAUUAUGCACUUAGAACACGAACUCCAAAAUAGAUGAAGACUGUGUGUACAAGGUGUUUUCUAUUAUUAUUUAAUGCGAAUGGAGAAGUAGUGCUGGAACUGGUGAUGACAACGAAAACACCACCAGUUUCAGUUACAAACGUUCUUCCCUUACCGUUGAACAACUUGCUGGCCUACUCUUCAUUUCAGGGAAUGGACCAUCAGUUCAGAAAGUUAACCCAACACAUUGCAUCAAGUGGUGGGUUCUUGUGAGCCGUAAUUUAGUGCUAAGCACCCAGACCAAGAGCCUAACAAACUUAUGUCAAGGGUGCCUCAAGACAGUCACUAAUUUCAACCACAUACCAACAAAUUCCGGUUGUGCAAUUGGGAGUUGAACCCUCUUCCCCAAAACAUUGGACUUUCCACAAUAAGGAAAGUGGUAGCAAAAUGCAGUGGAAAGUGUGAGAGCCCUUGGGGGAGAUGCAGGCAAUUUUGAUUUAAAUUUAGGAUCUCGGGGGGGGGGGAACUAUUCUCCUGGGCUCCUGUCCACUACUCCUUUCCCCACCCCCAAAGUUUCCCACUUCAGGUUUUGUACAAGAAAUUGCGUGUAUUCCAGACAGAGAGGAGCUCACUAUGGCGCCAGCUAGCAGGCAGGCAUCAGUAGCUCACCAGAGCCUGCCUUUGAUGUCAGCCCAGGCACAUGAAGUAAUUGAGAAGAUAGUACCUUUUGAGUUUUGCAGUGAUUCUCAGGACAUAAAAGGACUUACUGACUGAUACCCCUUUAGCAUGUGCAAAGUGCCCUUUCCUUUAAUUUCUACAAAGGCCCCACACUUCUGGGAUUAAGGGGAAGAUAUUCCUCACUGGAUAAAUAGGACAUUUCCCCUGGAUGCCCAUCCUAGGCAAAUCCACCGUUCUGUGCAUGUGUUGCAAAUCCGCAGCCCCAGUUGAAAACCACCUUUUAAAGCCCAUAGUCCCAGUUUGCCACUUUGCCCAUUGCGCUUGGCAGGAUUUGAGUCAGGAGGACUGGGGGAAGUGGCAGCUUAGGAAAGAGAAAGAGGUGGCAUUUCCUUGGGUGGGUAGGGGAGCGAGAUGGAGAGUCCACUCGGCCAAUUCCAACUAUACAUGUACAGUAUGUUGGUGCAAGGAGGGAAGCCAGCUUAGCGCUAUUCCCAUGCAGAGCAGACAAAUUCCUACAGCUCGGCCUAAAUUCCCUGCAUGUCAGAGGAGGAGACACAUGUACUUUGAUUCCGAUUGCCUGCCUGAAUGAUGAUUUUCUCUCUCGCUGAAAUGAGAAGUUAAGAAAUGAACAAUUCUAUCUCUUAUUUAUAUAUUCAUAGAAAAAUGUCACAUCAGAAUAGUGAGCCGCUGAGUGGAUUAUCAUAAGCAUCAUUUGUAAUGUAGCUGUCUUGACUAUUAGCGGAUGAAAAUAUCUUUGAUUUUUAUCUUCCCUUGAAAGCUAGACCUGUGCUCAAUAACCUUAUUUUGUUCAACAGAAUGUAGCUUCUGUUCACCUUCAGGAAGUAUGUGAUCUUUGCAUACCAGCUGCAGUGUUAUCACGUUAAGCCAAAUUUGAGAAAGCCAGGGUUUCUGUUGUUAAAGGCUCUUUCUCAGGGAUCUUAGCGCUUGCUCUAGGGAUUAGAAGAGGACAUGUAGGGUCUGUGCAGGCCUUGUAAAGUGCAGAGAUGCUGAUGAAAUGUAACUCUUAGAUUGCAGGGAGAACCUUUGCACCAACACUACUCAGAAGCAUGGUGUGCUGGUAUAACAUGUAUACAUGACUGGAGAUUUGUAUAUUAAAUGCAAAUAAAUGUAAAUAAGUUGUAGUUAUGAUUGAAGAUUCAUAUAUUACACGUACCAAAAUGACAUUUGCUCUGCAUAUUUCCAUAUACUUGCAUUGUGGUGACAAUCCCAUUUCUGUAGGUUUGAAACUGUUUUGAGCUCUUGUUUUGUUUUACAACCAAGUGGCAAAUGCAUUUUACUAAAUAAAUAAAUAGAAAGCUUCCUUGUGCUGCAGCAAUGAAACUGCUGGCGCAUUUGCAAAGCUAAGCAGGGUCUGGUAUGGUUUCAAACUGUAUGGGGGACCGCAUGUUGAGAUUCCUGCAUUGCAGGGGGUUGGACUAGAUGACCACUGAGGUCCCUUCCAGCUUUACAAUUCUAUGAUUCUAUUGAGUAAAACCAUUGUCCUAUUGUCUUCACCAACUGGCUGUGUCUCUCCAUGGGCAGGAGUCUUUCGCGUGAGAUGCCAAGGAGUGAAACUGGGAUCUUUCGCAUACAUAGCAUGUGUUCUGCUGUCACUGAACUUCAGCCCUUCCUCCUGUUAUACAAAUAGUCCAGUAGGAAGCCAGCUGAAUUCCAUGUGCUCAGCUCUCACAGUUUGGUGCCUGUCCCCAAUAUAACAGGGGCAGAGUGUUCUCUUCUUUCUAGAUAAACAAACUCAGUGGUCAGUAGAAUUCCACCUUUAUGAAAUCAUGUACAGUUUGAUGCAGACUUCCCCCUAUUUUUUUAUAUAUUUUAAAAAUGCCAAGAUGGAAAAAGCCAUCGUGACUUGGCAACAUGAUAAAAGUUAAGAAUGAAUGGGCAUUCACUGGUGAGUCACCAAGGGCUCCACCAACAGUGUAUCAUCCUGUUGUCACCUUUUUGAAGUAAAUGAGUUGACCUAAUAAGGACCAGAUCUUCAACCGGAAUACAUAAUUUGUCUCCAGAUGCUCAUUUAUGCAAACCCAGAAUGAGAUUAUGCCACAUUUGCACCAUACCACUUCAAACAGUCUCGCAUAUACACCCAUGCAUAUUCAGAAUAAUAACCAACCGGGAUAGGUGAGGUGGUGCAUUGUGUGAUCAAAGCAAGUGCCUGGGUAGAGCUGGGCUUGGCACAAUUCUUGCCACUGGCCCCUCCCGCCCCAAAGCUCCUUGUAGCUUCCUUGGGCUUCUGGCGCUUCUUGCAGUCACAUUUCAGGUGGCCUUUCUCCCCGCACAUCAAAUGUUCAAACAGACAUCCUUCCUUUCCCAGACUUGUCCCAGACAGGCAUUUGAUUUACAACAAUCUCAUCUGCAGCAUUGGAGGAAUGAAAUUGCUAACAGGCUUCCCCCAAAUAAUUCUGGGAGGUGUAGUUAAGGGUACUGAGAUUUGUUAGGAGACCUCCUAUUCCUUUCAUAGAGCUACAGUUAGCAGAGUUCCCUGUAAAGUAGGUUUGAUUGCUAAACCACUCUGUUUGUUGUAGCUCUGUGAGGGGAAUAGGGCGAUACUAACAAUUCUCAGCACCCUUCUACAGCUAGCAGAAUUAAUGGGGGGAAGCCAUGACUUUUUAAAGUAAUAUCUAAGUGCAAUUAAUGUAUGUAGAAUUUCAAUUGGCUUUCCAUAUCCUGCCACUAGUGGGUGUGACAUAGCCAUGUGGGCUGGGAAGGGCACAUUCUGUAUAUAAUUUAAAAAAUAUUUUUCCCCGUUGACUUUUAAAAUAAAUCAUUUAGUGUAUGCUAAAGCGCUUGCUUAUUGAGGUGCUAGUAAGUGAUUAAUAACUCUUUUUUUGUUUUGUUUUUAAGUCAGCCACGUGAUUUGAAAGUUUGGCAAAAAUCAACAUGGCAUUAAAAUGACCCUAGUAAAAGCAGUGUGAUUUUAAAUUUGCAGUAAAACAAGUGCUUUUGCACAAAUUUUCAGACAGCAUUUUUUUUUUAGGCAGAAAUUUGAGUCGGCACCAAUUUUAAAAUGGCACAUGGUUAAAUAGAACUGGCACAAAUAGUGGAGGUGUGCAAAAAUAGAUGCAUAACAAUGAGUCUAUCCACCUGAUACAUCACUCCACGUGCCAAAGCAAGGCGCUGAGGUGAUUUAUAUUUACAGACAUUGCAUUACUAUUCUGUGUCGUCCCCCCCCAUAGUUGAAUUUUCUGUGAUCCGAAAGUAGGCAAAAGAAGCUUGUCAAAAACAUGGGAGAAUGGCCAUUGGAUAGCAGUGUCAUGUAGAUAUAUAUUUCAUAUUGAAUGGAGUGCUGAUUAUUUACAGGAAAAACAUCAAGGGAGUAAAAAAAGAAGAAGUCAUAAAUAUAUCAGCAGGUGUCAACAUCGCUCUUCCUUGGCCACCAACUAAAAUGUGGCACAGUCAAUUCUUGUUUACUUAUUUUGCUUCCUGGGUGAGAUGACAAUUAGAAGGAAGCAUCUCUUUCGUCUGUCCUGAAUUGUCCCACCCUUCAGCUUCAUUGGAUGAGAGAGGAAGAAAAACAUGCAUAUUUGCAUACACACACACACAGAGGCUGGGAGCCCCUGGAGGCUUCACCUGGGGCAAAAAACCUGGCUAGCCCCCUGUAGCUAUGGCUCUGACUUUUGUCCACAAUCUCUAGAGCAGGGGUAGGCAACCUAAGGCCUGGGGGGCUGCAUGCGGCCCAAUUGCUUUCUCAAUCCGGCCUGCGGAUGGUCUGGGAAUCAGCGUGUUUUUACAUGAGUAGAAUGUGUCCUUUUAUUUAAAAUGCAUCGCUGGGUUAUUUGUGGGGCAUAGGAAUUCGUUCAUUCCCCCCCCCAAUAGUCUGGCCCACCACAUGCUCUGAGGGAUGGUGGAGCAGCCCACGGCUGAAAAAGGUUGCUGACCCCUGCUCUAGAGGCUUGAAGAUGCUCUCGCUUCUAGAACAGGGUGUACCAAUGAAUAUAUGAAGACUGUUGCUCUGGCUUUCCUUCUCGGAUUAGUGUAGAAUGAUGCAUGGAGGGUGUUGUUGAUUGCCACAAAAUUUAAGGCGUUGCUUUUGGAAAUUGUGAUUCUUGUGGCACUCCAGCCUAUAAAUUGUGUUAUGUUUCAAACCUGAAAUGGCAUAUUGUAAAGAAGUGUUUCAGUGCAAUUAACUUAAUUACCUAGUGAGGACAGACUGUACAGCCAGAAACUGAUAGCAAGCAAAUAAAUGUAAAAGGUGUACUCAGAAAAUAUAAUCAGGCAGCUAUCCAAUAAGUCAGCUCACCAUGUUGCAAAUGUCUCUAAAAGCAGUAUAAGCAAAGGCUGUUAGAAUAUGUCUUGUAGACUUUUGCUUUGUUUGUUCUGAACUUAUGCAAAUCCACCAAGAUUUUUAUGGAAAAACAAGUCAGUAUCCCUGGUAAUUUGUGGAGGAAGGAAUAGACAGCUCGGCAUUAUUGGCCACCCAACCUAGAAUAGUUUUAGGACUCUGGAAGAGCUAUAUCCUAGGACAGCUUUGCUGAAUAUUCCUUCUAUGUUUUUGCAGGAACUGCUGUCAGUUUCAGCCUCCAACAGCUUCCAAAGAGAUCACAGUGGGGAUAAGGGUUUGGGGCUUUCUGCUUCCCCUUGCUGUCCUCUUCAAAAAUGAGAGGCCUAGACUGCAAUCUGAACACUGCUUACCUGGCCGCAAGCCCCUUCGAAUUCAGUGGGACAUUUCUGAGUAGAUAUGGUUAGUAACUGUUUGUGCUUAUGUAGCAUUUACAGUUGGCUAAUAUUUCAUUUUUUCCAAUAAAUCUUGAUGGCAGAGGUGCUUGGUUGCUCUAAUUCCCUCCCACUCUCCCCCAAAUCAUGGCCUCUGGCAAGCAUAAUACAUUUGUCGAAUGAAUGAAUGAAUGAACUUGAUGUAGUCAUACUGUGUUUUAUUGAGGUGUGGGGAGAGGGUGGCGCUGUGGUCCAAACCACUGAGCCUCUUGGGCUUGCUGAUUGGAAGUUCGGCGGUUUGAAUCCCUGCAACAGGGUGAGCUCCCGUUGCUCGGUCCCUGCUCCUGCCAACCUAUCAGUUCAAAAGCAUGCCAGUGCAAGUAGAUAAAUUGGUACUGCUGCGGCAGGAAGGUAAACGGCAAUUCUGUGCGCUCUGGUUUCUGUCACGGUGUCCCUUUGUGCCAGAAGUGGUUUAGUCCUGCUGGCCACAUAACCAGGAAAGCUGUCUGUGGACAAACACCGGUUCCCUCGGCCUGAAAAGCGAGAUGAGCGCCGCAACCCCAUAGUCACCUUUGACUGGAUUUAACCGUCCAGGGGCUUUACCUUUACCUUUUUAUUGAGGCACAAUGAAUUGAUUGUGUUUCCCCUUAGGAUACUUCCUGCUGAAGGCCUGUGCUUAGAAACCUACCAGGCUGGGUGAAUUAGCAAGUUUCCACAGAUAACACACAAGUGGCCUAGGUUCAUAUAUGAAGAACACACAGUUGCAUGAGCAGGUAACCAUAAAAGGAAAUAUAUAAAUAGGCUAUACAGUGGUACCUCGGGUUACGUACGCUUCAGGUUACAUACGCUUCAGGUUACAGACUCCGCUAACCCAGAAAUAGUGCUUCAGGUUAAGAAAUUUGCUUCAGGAUGAGAACAGAAAUCGUGCUCCGGAGGUGCAGCGGCAGCGGGAGGCGCCACUCGCUAAAGUGGUGCUUCAGGUUAAGAAUAGUUUCAGGUUAAGUACGGACCUCCGGAACGAAUUAAGUACUUAACCCGAGGUAUCACUGUAUCUCUGAAACCCUAUUAACAACUUGGGUGCUGUACUCUUUCUCUUGUUGCUAGUGGUGACAGACAGGGAGUAGGUGGAGCCAGAGACAAUGAAAGGCAGAACCAGGUGAGGAGACAUGUGAGGGCUACCUGAGGGUGAUUCUCCACUUGUCCUCAUAGACCAACCUCCACUGCUUGAGGCCCACAUUUCAGGGAUGUGGGCAUAUCAUUCAACGCAGUGUGGUUUCCAAACUGUGCUGGGGUUCUUUGGGUGCUUACCUGGGGUUCCUCAGUGAGAAGGUAAGUAAUGGCAGAUAAGCAUUCCUGGAUAAUUGUGUGCCUACCAUUGCUGAUCUUCCUCUGGUUGUCUUUUUAGUUUGCAUAGGGGCACAGUGAGGCCAGCCGACCAUGUGAACCUAGAUCAGAAGCUCCCAAACUGUGGUCUGUGGACCACAGAUGAUCUGCGAGCUUUAUAAAAAUAGUUACAAAAAAAAAUAAAUCACACAGUAUCUAGCACAGUGCAUUUCAAUUGCUACAACAGACAGAAAAAAAUCAUCAGCCAGGACCCAAUUUUCAAGUGGUUUGCAGGGAAGGGGCAAGAUUAGUAACCACUGUCCUAGAAUAUAGUUAAGCAGUUGCUUUUUCUUUUAAAGAAAGUAGUUAAGUUAAACUUAGCAUAUAUUAUAAAUUAAUUGUGAGAGAUAACUUUUUAUAUCAGAUGCGUAGGUAAAAAUGUGUUGGAUCGUAAGGUACUCCUAUAAUGGUAUACUUAUGGUCUUAAUGGCUUAGUUUUGACAUCACACUAAACAAAACCAUGGUUGAAUGUGAGUGUGUGGGCUCCAGGAAGGAGGCUGCAACUGCUUUUCUCAACCAAGGAGGAGAAAAGCAUUUGCACUCUCCUUCCUGGAAUUUUCCAUCUGUUUUAGCUCUCUGCAGGCUAACCAAGAGCUGUAACCAGUGCUUACCUUAUGGCCUAUGGCAUGCUGUUUGCCCAUGAGUCUGGGCUUGGAUGACACACUAAACCAAAGUAUGGUUUAGCUCAGGGCGAUGCAGCAGCAAAUGGAUUAGGAAAGAGCGAAGCAACUGCAAUCUCCUCUCCAGAAGCCUGCAGAUUAAUGCUAAGCCAUUGUUUGCAUGGCAGGCAAAUGAGGCAAGCAGGUUUUUAUUUUAUUUUAUGAUGAGUGUAUGGAGAAAAGUGUUGGGUAUCUUCUGCUUGAUAAUAGAUAACAAAGCAAGUGUCCUUCAAGAUGAAUAACCUGGCCACUUCGAGAGCUUUAGUCUUGUUUUAAAUGUCUUUGUUGCAUUUGUGUUUUUAACUGUUUUUAAUUAUCUUUUAUGUAAAUAACAUUGAGACAGUAGUUUAGAAGGUGUUAAAAUAAUAAUAAAACUACGCUUUGUAAUACUAUUUUCCUGACUUUAAAAUAACAUAUGUGUUUCUCAUCCCAUUGAAUACUACUGUUUUUUCCCCUCUGAAGAAUUUCUAGCCCACUUUCCUAGCUAUGAUAAUGAAGGUGGCUUAAAGAUUAAUUUCUAGAACCUAGCAAGACUAAGACAGACGUGUUAGGUCCUGCUAGACAGUCACCAUUAGGAGAAAAAAUAAAUCACUAAUUAGAUAAUUUCCUGGCUUUGGGGAAAAUAAUCAUUUUAAGCAAGACCACUGCACUGGUUAUUUCAGUCUGUUCUCUUUUGGGUCAUCUCGCUCUAAAUCGCCGUGACCCACUUGCCAGAUGUGAUGAGCUCCAGAAACCUUGUGCUAAUUAUUUUGGCCGAGUUUUCUAAGCUGGUUACAGUUUAUAGCUGUGCCAGCAAGAACUGGGAGAUUAUUAUGGUUAUUAUUUAUUCAAACAUGCUGUGCAGACAGGCUUUCUUCACAUACUGUCUGCUAACUUCUGUUGACUUUGAAAUGUCUUCAUUCUCCUGCUUCCUCUUUUCUGUUCUACUCUUUCUCCAAAUCCGUUUUCAUUCCUUUUCACUAUUUGGGUAACCUUAUACCUAAACCGUAUCCUCCAAAGCACAGCAGUACCUUUCUUCCCUCACUGCUCCUUACCAUUGUACUUCUUAACUCCUCAGGGGUGCCAACUUGAAUAAAAUAUUGUGGGAGUCCAGGUAAACCCCACCCUGGUUAAUCGUUCACAUGACACAGUGCACACACACCAUUUGAAUGGGAAUGCCCAUCAACUUUGCGGGGGCUCAACCCCCUCAAAUAUUUUUUGAAGCCCCCACAGCCCCUAGGAGUUGGCUCCUGUGUAACUCCUGGUUCCUUCCAUUCAUGUGUUAGGUUUACGUGCCUGUGUAAAACUAACCUCCACUCUGUCAUUCUCCAACCGCUUCCCCCACUUCACUAUUUUUUGGAGGGUGGCAACACAAGAACGGGGACUUCUCUGCAGUGGCUCCCCAUUUCUGGAAUGCUCUCCCCAGGUAGGAUCGGUUGCCUCCUUCAUUAUACACCUUUAGGGAGGCUUGCCUGGCAUCUUCACUACAUAUCUUUAGGCACCAGGCGAAAAUGUUGGGUUGAUUGACAUCUGAUGCCCUUUUAAAAUGUGUUGUGGAAGGGGAGGAAUUAUUGGGUUUCUUUGUUUGUAUUAUGUAUUUUCUGUUUCUUGUGGUUUUAUGUCGUGAACCGCCCUGAGAACGGGAAUAGGGUGGUAUACAAAUUUUAAUACCGCAUUUUUCACCCCAUAGGACGCACCGGCCCAUAGGACGCACCUAGUUUUUUGGGGGAGAAACAGAACAGGCUGCUAUCCGCUAGCCGUGGGAGAGCCGCGUGACUUUGCGCGGCUCUCCCACGGCUAGCGGAGCACUGCGCGAAGCCCGAAGCUUGGAGUGUGCUGCGUCUCCCACGGCUAGCGGAUAGCUUCCUGAAGCCUGGAGAGCGAGAGGGGUCGGUGCACACCAACCCCCCUCGCUCUCCAGGCUUCAGCGAAAGCCUUCAUUCGCCCCAUAGGACGCAUACACAUUUCCCCUUCAUUUUUGGAGGGGAAAAAGUGCGUCCUAUAGACCGAAAAAUAUGGUAAUAAUAAAAUAAUAAAAUAAAUCCCCCUGUCCUUCUUUCCUUUGACUGUCUAGCCCAGGGGCACCCUGCAAACGUUUUAGACUAUGGACUUGGUUAGAUAUGGUAAAGAAAAAGUGAUUUAUAUGCGUUGUAUGUGCGAUGCAACAUUGUGCCAGCAGAUGGCGACGUGGAGUCCCGUUUUUCUCUACCUGUUUUUCCUGUUUCAAUUUACAACGCUUUAAACUGGAACACUUCUUUGAUGUGUCUUAGAUCCAGCCUAUGACUCCCAACAUCCUCUGACCAUGGGUAAUGCUGGCUGGGGCUGAUGGGUUUUUGGAGUCUGUAACAUCUUGAAGGUCCCAGGUUGGCUACCCCUGGCUUAAUCUCAUUAGAUUGUAAGACUCAGGACUGGGGCAGCAACUUGUGCAACUCUGACUGCACUUGGCAAAAAUGGCAGGUCAGUCAUGCUGGAGGCAGAAGAGCUUCACAUUGCCCUGACUUGCUGCAGCCAUAGGGGAAAAUCGGUGGGGGGUUAAGUGGAGAGUAAUCCAAACUAUUUCCCCCCGCUGUUUAAAUUGGAUCCAAAGCCAAACAAAUAGUAAUUGUGUCGCACAUCCUGAAUUUGAAACCGAGCCAAAACAGGAUUUCACUACUGUUGUAAAAUAAAGACAGGUCAGCUCCCCGCUGCGAGGAAGAGCUGCAGUUCAGCAGCCGAUCCCGUGCGUUGCACGCAAAAGGUCAUAGGUUUAAUUCCUGGCAUGGCUAGGCAGGGCUGAGCUUGCCUUCUGUCUGAAACCUUGGAGAGUCACUGCCAGUUUGUGCCGACAGUACUGAGCUAGGUGGACCAGUGGUCUGAUUUGGCCAUCCUGUGUUCCUAAGAGUGACACAUUCCUGCCCCCUAUUCACUGUCUCUCUCCCAACCCACCUGCAACUCUUUGUUUCUGAAAUUGCCUCCUUAAAAUCCCACAAAGCAAGCAUUCUCCCUGGGCUUCCCUGCACUCUCAGCCUAACCUCAUCAGUGAUGUGCCUGGAAAUAAGAAAAUAAUUAUUAUGGGGCCCCAGCAUGUGGUGCCAGUUCUUCCGCUGUAAGACAGCAGAAUGACAGCCUUUGUUACCAACUCAUACAAACUGCAAAACAAGUGAAAGUAGAAUGACCAGAGGCAAAGGUUCCUGCACCUUUAACCAUUGUGUAGAAGAGGAAAUUCCAGCAGGUAGAACACCCAUAUGCUGAAAUCCCUUUUUCUGUACAGGAGCCCUGUCCUCUUUUGCGCCACCCCCCCGCCCCCACCCCAGUGGAAGCCUCCAUAUGGGUCAAAUGUGAUGUUUCUAUUGUCCAGAUCUAGGAAACCUUGACAUUCUGUUUGGCAGACUGGGUGGCCUCCAUUAAGGGAAUUCCAAGCAAUCAAGCUUUCUGGAAAGUGUGUGUGAAAUCAAGGCUAUUUACAGACACCACCAAAUUUAUAAGGGUGCUCUUUCAGAAGGCAUUUGAUUGUAUCUCCCCCCCCCCAAAGAAUGCUUUGUUUCUUCCCCUUAACUCUUGUAGUUUAAUAUAGCUUUAUUCAGAUUGUGGCCUUACUAAUUAUAUCCCUACUAUGUGCAGAUAUAAAUAGGUUGACUGGCGCUGGAGCAGUUGCCAUCCUUGCUCUUUUCCACUCUACUAAUUUGGUUCACGGGGAGAAUUCUCCAUGCUGCAGUUUGAACCAGGAAAACAGAAGCACUUUUUUUAUUAUCUCUCAUCUGUUUUGACUAUCUACUUAACAGCUUCCAGGCUUUGCGGGGAAAACCCCUCUGUACAGAGACUCAAGAGGGAACUAGAUGUGGUGUUUGACAUGCAGCUGCUUCCAAAAAUGUCAGCCUAUGUGAAGCUUCCCCUUUCUGGUUUAGUCAGCCUUGCCUCUUGCAUCUCCCUGCAUUAUCCAGACCUCGUUGCACAUCAAUAGCUAUCUGUGGUUGGGAAACGAAGGGAACUCGCAUGGGCUGAUAUGGGUGCCUGGUACAGAGUGGGGAUGGGUGGGAUUUGACCUGGCAUAUUUCAGUAGCAGCUCUGAGGCAAAACAACAACAACAACAACAACAACAACAACAACAACAACAACAACACUAAUAUUUAUACCCUGCUCAUCUGGCUGGGUUGCCCCAGCCAGUCUGGCUUGCUUCCAAUACAAAAAAAGCACUGCUAAUCUAAUAUGUUGCAGAAUCCAACCAAACAAAGCUUGGCUAUAAUGCUUCUUUGGGUUUGUGGGGAGAUCUGUUUCUCUCCAUAUUCAUAUAUUCCUGCCCUUCAUAAAGAUGGGUUUUGAUCUGUCUUCUUUGCAGCUGUACAUGUGGCAUCGCACAGCUUCCCAUGACGGUAUAAUUACACUUUUACACUCCUUGAACAAGGGCAAAACUAGGCUUUAUUUGAUUAUCUGUAGAUCUCUGUAUGUGUGACUAUUGUUGUCCCCGCAUAGCUAUGACGGGGUUCUGACACUACUGAAUUCUUCAGAAUAUGUCUGGGAAACAUUUAAAAGAAAUAAAAGAAACUAGGUACAAUUCCUGUGUAAACCAUUUGCGAUCUCAUACAACUCCCUGCCUUUUGAUUAGGACUUGUACGGAAUAAAUUCCUAGAAGAUUGUGCCUAGGCAAUCCUUUUUCUCCUUGCUGGGACAAUCUGCCCAGCAGUGGUGCUUGAAUCAACGUGUCCUGUGUUUUUCUGCUUGACUAAGGGUGGCCCCUAUAAGUCCUCCUUCAAAAGGGCUUGAGAGCCUAUAAAGCUUUUCAGAGAGAAUUGGGAGCUGAAACAUGUUCAGCUAGAGAUGAAACUGUUUCCAGAUGGAUUCUUGCGCUUUGGUCAAACAUCAGAAGCUUGCAUGUAAAACAGCGGUGUUUAAAUUUCUUAAAUGCAUCUCUGUCCAAAGAGUAGGACACGGGCAGCUAACAGCGCAAUCCUAUAUUCAUUUACCCAUUUACUCCUAAUGAGUUCAGUGGGACUUACUCCCACAUAAGUGGAUAUAGGAUUUUAGCCUGUUAGUUCAUGCCAUGUCUGUAAUUGGCUGAUAUGCACAUGCUCUUAUAAUUGUGAGCAGUGCAGUGUUGGAAAAGGGGACUUGAUACCUUUCAUGAGUGGUGGGUCCUCCAAAACUAUAAAUUCUAUUCGCAGAAAACGAUAUGGAUCUUCCGUGACCAUGUAGAGCCCCGUUGUGAGUAAUUAAAUGCCCCUGUUGGCUCCUCCUUUGGUUUCUACUGCUAGAACUGAGAGUGUGAAACUAUUUGCCCUCUUGGGAGUUUUAUCUUUACAGCUCCUACUACUAAACAUGCUGUGCUUAUCUUGGCUGGCUUGAUGCAGACAGGCAGAAUAUAAAUGUGGGCAUCCACCCCCCCACUCCCGAAAUGGCCUUUGCAGCUGCACCCUAAUGAUGAUUUGCUUUGUAAAGUGCUAUGCACAUAGAAGGUACUAUAAGGGGCGGGGGGGAACCAUAUACACCCGUAAUCAUAAUGGCUACAAUAAUCUGAAACAACUUACAAUUGUUUGCUUUUCACACUCCCAUGUCAUAUACCUCAUAUCUUACCGGAGUUUGAGGCUCCAGGAAGCAAACAGUUAAAUGUCUGAUGCUAGUGCUAGGAUUGGGGCUCAGUGCUUCAUUGCUCCCCAACCUAGAUGAGGCAACUCGUGCAAAUGGUAUGUUCUCUCCAUCCGCCUUUGACUUUUCUUGCUGCUCUGUUCAAAGUGAGUACUGCUAGGAGGUGGGUAAUUCUCAUGGUCUCAGGACCCUGGCAAAUGCCCAGUCUUGCUAUCUUCUGAUUCAUAGAAUCAUAGGAAGGAAUCCCGAGGAUCAUCUAGCCCAACCUCCUGCAAUGCAGGAAUCUUAGCUAGAUAAUACAUGACAGGUGGCUAUCCAAUCUCUGCUUAAAAACCACCAAGGAAGAAGAGCCCACCAACUCUUUUGGGAGUCUGUUCCACUGUUGAACACCUCUUACUGUCAGGUAGUUCUUCCUGAUGUUUAAUUGAAAUCUCAUUGCAUGUAACUUGAAUCCAUAGGUUCAGGUCCUAGCCUAGCAGGAGAAAACAAGCUCACUCCAUCCUCCACGUGAAAGCCCUUUAGAUGUUGGAAGAUGGCUAUUAUAUCUCCUCUCCUCUUACCCAGACUAAACAUACUCAGCUCCUUCAACCGUUCCUCAUAAGGCUUGGUUUCCAGACCCUUGAUCAUCUUGGUUACCCUCCUCUGCAGCUUGUCAAUAUCCUUCUUAAAUUAUGGUGUCCAGAAGUGGACACUGUAUACCAGGUGUGGUCUGAAGCUGCCUUUGUAUCCUGCAAAUAUUUUCUGAAUCAGGCCGGAAAGUGGAAUUAAAGUUUUCAGGGCUAGAAUUCAUUUGGGUCUGCCUAACAUAUAUUUUUAACUAAGUUUUUUUGUUUUUCCACACCCAUGUCACAAACAGCUUUUGAGUUCCCCUUGACUUGUUAUGUGGCGACCCUGCUGCUUGAGAAGGAGACAUCCAUAGUCCCCUUUCCACAGUUCUUUGGGUCCUGAACCAUGUGUUCUGCAUAUGACACUGUGGGAAAAACACCAUUGUUUAGACAGCAAGUUCUUUCUUUAAAAUGUAUUUUUAUUAAAGAUUUUCUUGAUUUACAAAAGUAUGUGCAAUGUCUCUCUCUCAUAUUCCCCCCCCCCGUAACAUUUUUACAAAUCACUUUCAUUUGUUGAGACAUUAGGAAGAAAAGGGGGAAAGGGGGGGGGAGAUGGGGGGGUCAGGUGACAAUGUUUCUAUUUUACUUAAUAUAUGUAGGGUUUGGUGUCAGCAUUGCUUGUGCAGGUUCUUUGCUGUUCACUUGUGUUCCUUUGGUGGUGAGAGAGGUUGGGGUUGACCUAGGGUGUGGUUGUUCAUUUGGGGUUGGCUGUGGUGGUCUUUGUUUUCGUGUGUGAGUGGGGUGGGUGGGUGUUUUGGAUCAGGUUAGCCAUAUUGAUUUGUAUGUUGUUGGUGGAUUUUUGUCAUUGUCUUGUUGGACUGUGUGUGUGAUAAAGGGGAGCCAUACCGAGGCGAAGGCGUCUUCUUCUAUUUGUCCCCGUGUCAGUUUCAGUUUAUUGGUUAAUUUUUCUAGUAAGGCUGUUUCCCAUACUAUUUGGUACCAUUGGUUCAUGCUUAUUCCUGACAGGCCUCUCCAGUGUGUCUGGUUAUGAUGCUUCUGGCUGCUGAAAGUAGGUGGAUUAUGAGUUCUUUGUGGUGUAAGUGGGCAUUAUUGUCUUGGAAGAUGUUUAGUACAGCAGGUUAUUUUUGAUUGGCAGGAGGCUAUUGCCAGGAAGUGCUCUCAAACAGAACAGAUAAUGCCACCUUGGCAUUUUUAACUUCCAGAGUACAAUAGAGCAGAGUGUGAAAAAUGCUAGGCCACAACAAUGCUGGCUUUUAACAUAAGGUCAAGGUGGAAGGGCUGCUUUAACCUUAAGGUUUUGGUGUCCUUAAGGGUGGCAACGUGAGUGACAGAGUAGCACUCCUAUGCAAGCCAUAGUGAAAUGUAUAGGACUGCACAAAGUUCCAUUUCAACAGAGUAUGUGCAGAUGGAAACUCAAUAGUAGACUGUCUUUCCUUGUCUGCUUUAGGGCUGAAGAGACAAUAAACUCCAAAUUAUGCCCUUGGCAUGCCAGAUUUCUUUAGUGUCUGCCUUUAACCAUUCAAAUUUUGCCUAGCAACUCUCCUUGACUACAUUAAAAAGGGCCAGUAGUUUUGAGAACCUAUUGUAGGAAACUGGUUAUACUACAGCUCAGUUUGGACAUCAUAUCAAACCAUGGUUUGCACUAACUAUGGUUUAGAACCCAAGCCAACAUUUGAGCUUCUAAAUAUGCUACCAUUUAGAGCUGUUUUCCUGAUUUAAUUUUUGCCUUCUCAGAGUUCCAUCUUUGGGUUCAGUGGGCUCCGAAGGCUGAACAUUUACUAUAAUUAAGGUUUGUCAAUUCUGACAUUAAACCAUAUUUGGCACAAAUCAUGGUUUGCAAACUCGUUUAAAAGCCUGGUUUCUGAUUGAAUUUCCCAGCUGAUCCCAGACUGUGCUUUGCGAGUGCAGACGUUGCAACAAGCCACAGUUUGACCUGACGUCUAAACUGAGCUAACAGUUGUUAGAGAAAGCCAAGAACCUAGAUCAGUGGCCCAUCCUUUUGUCAGGGACUGGACACCGGAGGAGGAAUGGUGGAGACAGCCCCCCUCCUUCUCUUGAACCUUCCUGAGAAGAGGAGGGCAGUAUAGAACUACAACAGUGGUUUGCAGAAGGUCAUGACUCUGAGACAGAAGAGGGGAAAAGCUAGGAGAUAAUGGAAGAGGAGGGAGGGGGCAGCAGAGCCAGAGUAUCUGGCUGGCACUUUAUCAUUAGAAAGCAUUUCUGACCACCCCCUUCUCCUAGAACCCAGCAUGCAUUGAGAGUAGUAGAACAGAAAGCUCAGAGGCAGAAAGCACAGAUUAGCUGGUGCAGGGAAGAUGUACAAUAGGAGAGGCAGAAGGGGGGGUGCUUUACUUGGAGCAACACCAUUAUCUAGGAGAGACGGCAUUUCUACAUUGUCUCUCUGUAAUAUUGAAUAAUAAAAGACUUGGUAAGAACUCUUCUUUUUUUAAUCUGCUUCUUGGCUGCCACCAUGGGAGGGAUCGGAUUCUCUGAAGCCUGACACUAGUCCAGAAUCUUGCUCUUGCAGUGGCUGCCCAGAUGCUCCUGGGAAGUCCACAAGCAUGAUUUGAGCACAUGAGCAUGUUCCACUCCUGUGGUUUCCAGCAACUGAAAUUCAGAAGCAUUGCUGCCUCCAACUGUGGAGGCCGAACAUAGCCAUCAUGACUAGUAGCCAUUGAUAGCGCUCUCCUCCACUGAUUUGUCUAAUCCUCUUUUAAAGCCAUCUAGAUUGAUGGCCAUUGUUGCUUCCUGUGGAAGUGAGUUCCAUAGUGUAACUGUGUACUGCAUGAAAAAGUACUUUCUUUUAUCUACCCUGACUCAACAUUCAGCUUCACUGGAUGUCCAGUAAGUUUCCCUGUGUCACUGCAUCUCAACCAACAUGCACCCAGCACUACCUACCAGGCCAUCUGGGUGACGGGCAAUAUCUGCAACGUUUGGGUCAGGCAGGCAAUUCACAUUGCGGUCUGUACGCCCACCACAUCCCCAACUAUCUUCUAGUGAUCAAAUCAUCCACUAUCACAAUCCUCCCACCCACCCACCAGAGAAUUAUCCUCAGCACAAGAGGACAAAUGGAAUUUGUCCCUCAAGGAAUGUGCUUUCCAAGGGAAUUUCCUCUCCCUCAAUACCUAAUAUGUAACCUAAUCCUUAGGACACUUUUGUCGUGUUUCCCAUAUCAGUGUAAAUGUCAAAAAGCCUAAAAUUUUAAGAUGAAAUUAUUUCUCCAUUGACUUCAAUUUUACAAUUCCUCCCCCUUUUACUGCUUUGCUUUCCUUUCCUUGGUAACUCAAGAUGCUUCUCCAGUUUGCUGGCAGUGUGGGUGUGAGAAAGACAUCUGUGUACGCUAGUUAGCAUGGGAGUCUGGGGGGAAAAACACGCUAAGAAGGUAGGCAAAGAAAGACUGCAGCAGCAUGAGGCAAUCCGCAGGCUGCCUGCUUAGUACGGUUCCAACAUAAUCUUCCGUGGGCACCUCCCUCUGUACAACUGGUGGCCACCAGGAAUAAGCCAGAUCACAGUUAAUAAGUCAGCUGUCAUGUCCCAUAGAAAUGUAGGUAACAUGGUGGCCAGAGGCCACAUGGAAAGAUAUGCGAGUUGCCACAUAGGAAGCAUUUAGGUCCAGGACAGGACCAAUACACUUGUGUGUGUGUGUGUGUGUGUGUGUGUGUGUGUGCAUGCGCGCGUGCGUGCGCAGCAACUCUGGAGUCUGAAAAGCAUAGUACAGUCCCAUUGGCCUUUCCCCUCUGUGGCCCAGAAGGUACACAAACAUUCAAAUCUGGCUGGUUCUGAAAGAUGUGAGCGUUCCUGGGUUUCCCAGGAGGGCGUGCUAAGCACAAUCAGUGCCAGGUUGCAGUUGGGCAACAAGAAGCAAAAGGAACCCAGGCCAGCCAACAGACUUAGUCCUGACACCGUCCAUGUUCAUAUAAUUAGUAUAUUCAUCAAUACCUGUUUCUUUUCAGUGGCUAUUUGUUGUCCACAAAUUUCCCAGGGAUUCUGCAGAGUCUUUGAAAAUGCCUCUCAAAGAGCACACACAAAAGCAACACAAAGCUUUAAAGCCACCUCUGAGGGUUACAGUGUCCACAGGGACGAGAAAUGUUGUUUUCCGUUUUGUCCCCGUUUGGGAAAUUUAGCAUCCUGUUAUUCAUUUAAUUAAACUGGUUCCUAUAAAUUAAUCAGGGUCAAUUGUGUUUAUGUAUGCCAAUAAUUCAUUUAGAGGCCAUUAUACGACGAACAGCUAAAUAAAUAUAUUUAUUUAGAAAUCAAUUAUAGAAAUUACAUGUUGCAUACAGAGAUGGAGGCUGAUGGCUUUAGUACAGCAGUUUAUGUCAGAUUAAUUGUAGAGAGUUAUAAUAAAGCAAUGGUUAUUUGCAGUGAAUGGCAGGGAACACCCCUGUUUCCGGGGUGGUGGAGGAGAGGGAAACAGUGUGAAUUAAUGAUGCAUUUAUAUGUUGCAAUAGUAUCCAGAGAGGAUUUGAGACUCAUAUAUGGCAGUACUCUUGUAAUUUCUAUUUUAUGGGUGUAAUAUACAAAGAACAUCUCCCCCUAUUUUUUAUUGCACAUGAAGGACAUGAUUCAGUGAAAAGUUCUGCUGUGCAAGCCACAUUGAAAUGAAUGCAUGUCAUGUUAAGGCAAUAUGCUUGACAGCCAACCCAGCACCUUGGAAGUCAGGCACAGGUUUACUUCUUCCGAUUCAGCUAGGGAGGAGCCAGAGCCAGAGAAGCUGCCUGGAUAGCUCAGUAUGUAGAGCGUGAGACUCUUAAUCUCAAGGUCAUGGGUUCGAGCCCCACGUUGGGCAAAAGAUUCUUGCAUUGCGGGGUUAGACCAGAAUACCCUCGUGGUCCAUUCCAUCUCUAAAAUUCUAGGAUUCUAAGAUCACCCCUCCAAUAGCUAUUGAUUCAGUACCAGCGUAAAGUGAUUCAACCAAUCACCUUUCCUGUGCUCUGUCUUAUGGUGCACCUUAAAUAAAAGCAUUCAACAAUUCUUGUAAGCCUUACAGAGUACAGCAUGAUAGUUCUAAACUGGAGGUCUAGGCUCUUUACAUUCAGUAUUUUUUGUCCCGCUUAAAGGCAAUUCACUGAGUGCUUGAAUCACCUAUGCCAACAAUCCUAUCCCCUCAUUAAGAGUGCCUUCCUCCAUUCCAUCUGCCAGAGAGAUUAAAAUGGGAACUGAUGGGCAUGGAGCAAGCUCUCUGAAAGUGUUUGCCCAUGCUCUCUCCAGCUGGUUUCCCUAGCUCUUCCCUCAUUUGCCUCCGUCAUGUGCCAGUCUGCCUGCAUGCAAGUGAGGAAGCAGACAGGUUUUCUGUGUGAUCUUCUGUGGUUAAUCCCACCCCCUCCAUUUUUAGUGUAUGUGGAUUUUAUUCAUGUUUUAAAUGGUUUUUAUUAUGUUGCUUUGUUUUCUUAGGUCCCCUUAAAUGACAGGGGAGGUUGGAUAAAUUAGUGAAAUGGAAAUGAAUGGGUUGUGGUGGCCCUAGGAUGGCCCCUGAUUAUGGCGCAGACAGGGAGGACAAAAUUUGUCUUGAGUAUGAUUUGUGAGAAAUUAGAUACAUGUUAAGUACACUUUCAACCCCUCCUAGGAGGGCCUUACAGACGCAUCUUUAAAUUUGUGGGACCAAAGACAAAAAGGAAUGGCUAAGGUAUUGCUGCAGGCCACCCCAAUCCCUGCUGAGCCGUGCAUGGGCUUCCCAGGGGUCUUAGCCCUCCACCAGGGUCUGUGCUCCUUUGGAGAAUUUAAGACAGGGCUUUAAGAAAUACGAUUUAUUCACGUACUUACACCUGAAUUUAGAUAGAGGGAGUCCAGAUUUUACAGCAUGGUCAUCUCAAGAGAGGCUUGUUCUCCACAGCAAUGCAGCAUUUGCAUCCAAGGCAUCUCUUCCAGCCUGCCUUCAGCCAGCCUUCCCAAUAUGGACCCAGCCUUUUCCUAGCUAUUCCAAGCCUCAUGCCAAAGGCCCCAAACACUCCUGCUUACCCUGGCAACUGUCCAAAUCCCCAGUGUCUGUCCACACCUCACAGCAGUGGGAAAGGACAGUUCCCUUCAUUGCCAAUGGCCCUCAGUGGCCUUGCAUUGUUUCUUAAUGGCCCUAGCUUGGCCAGGUCCUUUUUGCACAGGCUAGCCCAGCAAUUUCUCUGCAGCUUGUAUUUCUUCCUUUAUUAAUUUAUAGGUUUUGGGGGGACUCCCACCCCCACCCCGCAAACAUAUAAUAGUAUUAAGUUUCUUUAGGCAACAACAUUGCUAACCAUCACAGUAUCUGCAUUUGAGAAGUUACCUUUAUCUCCUUCAUCCUGCUGUGUUGGAUAACAGAAGCAUGCAUAAUUUGUACUACUUGCAACAUUUUAUAUUUUAGCAUGGGGCCAAAGGUUAAAAUGUGGAAAACUGGAUUAUAGAUUUGGUUGCAGUGGGUUCUAUGCUAGUAGCUGUGGCAGCUCCAGUAAAGGCAAUGCUUAAUUUGUUUCAGUGUAACUGAUACUAGAAUUACGUGCUGUGUAUUGGAAAAUUCUGCCUUCACUUGCCUGCUUGUAUUAUUGAUGCCCUCUUUUUAGAGAUACAAAAGAAAGGACCCAAUGCCUACUUCUAAAAACAGCUCCUAAUCAUUUGAUUAUUGCUGUUACGUUAGGCAUUAAAGACAUAAAAGGCAAAUUUCAUCUUGAGGGUAAGCGCAGAAGGAUCACCGGGCUUAUUAGCAGCACUCACGUGUGUGUAGCUGUAUCCGAGGACUGAAUUUGGCUCCUUGCCUAAGGUUUCAGUAGAUCAUCAUGUAGCUAGGGCUGUGAGCUAACAGAUCCAUUCUUUAUUUACCGCAGGCGAACACAAUGAGAGUAACGUUUCAUUGA